AGUGCUGCUUGUAUGUGCGGACGCAGCCAAUCUCUUCCUCAUGACGCCACCGAGGCUGGGCUCAGCGGGCUUCCAUCAUAAUAUUUAACACACACCCACCCUGGAUGAGCACUUGGAAGGAGGACAAGGCUGCGUGAAGUGGGGGGGAGAGAAACAAAUGACGGCCGGGAUCCCUGCACCUGCCGGGGGAGUCUCUCGUUUGAGUCAACGAGGCGCGGAGCGGGACGGACAGCAUCCGAGCAUCUCUGCGCAUCACCUGGUCUUUUCACGGGAUUUCCACUCGUCUUAUUUCUUCACCGAAGACUCUGUUUGAGGGCUAUAUCACUUUGAGCUCUAAAGAUGCCUCAUUCAUCUCACUCUUUGCGCAUUUAAGUAGAUUUGGAGAGAUUAUUUACGCGCUUUUAACAGGAUCCCCUCCUCCUCCACCUCCUCCACCUCCCUCCUUCCUGUUAACGAUUUAUUUAGUGCUCCUUCCUCCUGACACUGUAUCCUAUUCAACAAGGCGAUGAAUGAAUGAAGAGCACUGCUUGAGCUGCAGACAGUGAAGUGUCCACGAUGUGUUGGUCCGUCCACCUGCCCGGGAAUGAAGAAUCGGGACCGUCUUAGUGGAAAGAAUAAAGCGAGAUGAUGAUGGAGUUUUUAACCUAGGCUGACACGCUUCAGAUGCGCAAUGAUCAGAGUAAAUCUUCAGCCCAACAUCACUGCUUUGUCAUCGCGUAACACUGCUGGACAUCCAUGUCGGUGGCGUAAGGUGCGCUGCUCUUAAAGCGAACUGUGUCACAGAGAAAAGAGAUGAUCAAGAUGAUUUUGUUUCGUAAAUUCCGGGUGUUGAUACUCAUGGUGUUCCUGGUGGCGUGCACCAUGCACAUCAUGAUAGACUUGUUACCGAAGCUGGAGAAGCGAGCGGCGGGAGCGGAGAGCGGGGACGGCGGCUGCCAGUGCGCUCACCACCCGGGCGGAGAGGCGCAGGGCUGGGGGAAGCAGCGCACCAGGUCGGCGGCUGAAGCGAGCUGGCCUAACAAGCACACGCUGAGGAUCCUGCAGGAUUUCAGCAACGAGCCCAGCUCCAACCUCACAUCGCACUCCCUGGAAAAGAACACAGCGGCCGGGGACGGAGCCGAGUCCCUCCGGCGGGCGGGACUGCUGGCGGGGAAGGUGGGGGGCCACAAGCCGCUCAUCGGAGACGCGAGCGGGGGUAGGACCGUCCCAGCCCACGGUGUCUCCAGACUCUCCGCUCUGUUUGAGCAUCCUUUAUAUAACAUUCACCUCCCGUCUCUCACGGACGAGGACACUUUGUUUAACGUCAACACAGACAUCAGGUUUUAUACCAGAACGACAGACAACCAAGGAUGGUAAGAGAGCCGGGGAUCAGUGCAACUUUGAGGGGUAAAAGUGGGACAAUCUGGAGAGGAAGGAGGUGUCAGAGAGGGGAGGAAGGAGGUGUUAGUUUAGUGAUGGGUUUGGCCUGUACACUUGUAUUUAUGGAUAGAUCCUGCUGAUGAUUUAUGAUGCUGUCUAAGUUUGUAUCCUGGUCUAUGAAGGCCCACAAAUCAUCGAUCUGUCUGUCCUGCUGUGAUGCCUCUUUGAACAGGAUCCAAACCUGCCAGACUUUAACAAUCUUACAUCUCAUUUAGUCCCAACUGUGCAGACACUUGUCCUUCUCAUGCCUUUCUCUCUCUCUCUUUCCUUCAGGCACAACGAAGAGGGCAACGAAGAGGAAGAGGAGUUUUCUCCCACCGGAGAGGUGACAGCAGAGUCUUACCCCAACUGGUUACGCUUCCACAUCGGCAUUAACCGCUACGAGCUCUACUCCAGACACAGUCCUGCGCUGGAGGCUUUACUGAGGGACCUGGUCGCCCAGAGGAUCACCAGCGUGGGUGAGUGUUGAUGCAGCACAAGAACAGAACGAGCUUAAAGAGCACCUUUGCUAAGAAAACAGUCCUACUGCUGUAUUAUGUGUCCUUACCUGCUUGGUGACAGUUUCCUGCACUUCCUGUAAGAGAUUACUCAGAGGACACCUAAUUUGACUGAAUGACAUCUCAAACCUGUAAUCUAUGAGUCAGACUGCAGAUAUUGUGUUUAUAUAUAAUCACCAGCAUCAAAAUGACACAUUCUUAUUACGUCUGUCCGUCUUCAUCAAUCUUGUGUUUUUCUUAAACUUAACAUGACCUCUUCUGUAUCACAGUAUCUGUUUAAGAAACCGACCAACUGCUGUUGUGAAUGAAAGUCAAUUAAGACUCUUUAUUGAGGAAGUCGAGGGUUCAUGUCGCUCCGGUCACUGUUACUUUGGUGAGGUCUGACAGGCUUGAGCUGUGGAUUUAUCACUUGGAUGCAAAUCGAUGUUUCUCUGCAGAAUUUGAAAACAGUUCGACUUCUAUGCAUAUCUCCAGUGUUGGGUAGUAAGGCUUAUGAGAUUCCUUCAGUAACGUUGAGUAGAACUUUAUUCAGUGACUAAAAAUGUAACGAUUGUUUCUUUGAGUUCAGUAACUCUGUUUCCGUUACCUAACGUUACGUUACUUCGUUCCUUUCGGUGAGGUUUUACAACGACACACAGUUCCCAUAACAUUUGAGCGAUCAAUAAAGUUUUUAUUGAGACUGUUUAGUGACUCUUGGUCUCGAAUGCUGAGUUAGCUACCUUAGCUGCUAACAUGACUCAAACUCAAACAGUCUCUGCAAAAGUAGAGCAUUACAUUGUUUUGAGGACUUUAUACAUGCAUGCACAUUACAGCUGUAUGUGAGAAGGAGGCCGCCAUGACAUACAUCUGUCCCUACGUGUGCUUUUCUGCUUGCAUGUGCAGGUUUAUUAAUCUGUGCACAGUGGACUUUCCUCUUGGGAGCUUGUCAAAGACCCAAACAGAGUAUAUCAAUGUCUCCUCGUUGAUAUACUCACAUUAUCGUCAACUCAAGAGCAAAACAACAUUUCGGUAACAUGUAAACUGGGUCUCGGGUCAGCGAUCUACUGAAGCACCUAGAGGAGCGGCCUGCUUCGACUAAGUUAGCAGCUAAGGUAGCUAACGCAGCAUUUGAGACCGAGAGUCACAGCAGCGAGGACACACCCACUCCACCUUUUGGUUUAAAUAACUGAGUUACUUUUUUAUGAAGUAACUGGUAACUGUAACUAGUUACUAUUUUUCAGUAACUAGCACAAUACUGCAUAUCUCCCAUAUUUACAGAGCCAUAACAUAGCUUCUUUGGAAAAAUGAACUAUCCACCUCAGAAGACACUGUUAAGAAAUAGUCAUUUGGCUCAGUGUGUCGAUGAGGUUAAAGUGAGACAAAAGGAGCAAAGACUGAGAGCUAGUCCAGGCAGGAUAUAUUCACACUCCCCUUUUUGAGGCCCUGUUUAUACAUACCUGGUUAUUUUUAAAAACGGAGACAUGAACCAUCGUUUGCACCCUUCUUUAGACACAAAUGGAGAAUUCACCUCUGAAACCUCUGCUCUUUAAAAACUCCAGCCAGAGUGGAGAUUUUGGAAAACUCUAUUUGCACGUUUGCAUGUAAACAGAGAUGGAAACUGGAUCAAAUAUGACCUUGUUUACAAUCUACAGUCUCUGUUUACAAUCUGUGGUGAUCAUGGAUGCAUGCAGAAUAGCAGUCGCUUUAUGCUGGUGCAAUCCCUUUAUAUUUGUUUGAAUUUGCAUCUUUUUCAAAAGAAGGAAGUGACGCUGUUGUUGUUGCUUUGCGGGAUUCUGAUUGGCUAACAUGGGCUUGAGCUUCUUGCUACACUGCCACCUACAGGUUUGGCAUGCUCUUGAGGAGUUAGUGUAAACGAAAACUUUUCUGAAAAGGUAGUGGUGUGCAGUAAGGCUGCACGAUAUUGGAAAAAAAUAAUAUUGCGAUUUUUUCAACCCUGCGAUAUAUAUUGCGAUAUUAAAAAUACAGUAUUUUCACCAGAUGACCUGAAUAACACUUAAUGUUAUGCUGCACUGCUGAAAUCUUGAGGACAGUUAAUCUGCUCUGAUCUUACCUCUUUUUGUGAAUGUUAGUAGAACGGCUUCUGUCUGUCUCAUAGAUAUUUUUAGCUUUUAUUGUGCUGGGACGUUAUUGUGGCAACAGGUGAACACAGAAGACGUGUUUUGGUCGACAUCAUCCUUCUUUUAACCGAAAUAAUUCCAGAUAACUGACUUUCCUUUUCUUUUUGGCAACAAAUCUUCAUUUUCGGUGGUUUUCGCUUGUUCGUUGUUCAUUUUGCGAUCGUUGUUGUUGUUGUUAGCGGUGUUGUGCCGAGAAACGCAUGUCCUCCGAGAAUUGCAUGCACCUCGCAAAACGCGCACUGCUUAUAGUAGAGUGGUCCACGGAAAUGUACAAUUUAAAACCCAUACAGUUCUUAUUUGUUGGGCUUAAUAGUCAUAAGUAAAGUUCCGAAAGUAAUUCUCAGCGGACACACGUCUCCCUCCAUGUGCAGAACAUGUGCAGGGGUGGGUUUUCUCCUCCCUGAUUUUGAUUGACAGCUGGCAGGGUAGUCUGAUUGGCAACUGAGAAGUGAGUCUGAUUGGCAACUGAGUUAAGGACGAAGGCGAUUGGUGGAUUGCUGCACAGCACAUGCAGAGUCACAUGGAGUGUAUCUCAGUCGGUUACCCUUGAAAUUAAAUGAGUUCAUUCACCUCCAAUAUCGCAGGCUCUGCGAUGUGACUAUCGCACACACGUACAUCGCGAUGACGAUAGUCAAACGAUAUAUCGUUCAGGCCUAGUGUGCAGGCGUUUUUUUUUUUUUUUUGUAAAGGGAGAGGGUGAAAUGUCCAUUUCUGCAAAUAGCCAGGCACGUGUAAACAUAGUCUAAGGCUGUGAUCACACCACAGGUCAAUUCUGAUUUGUUCUAAUCUGACCCAGGCCUCUUUUGUAUGUGGAUAUAAAUCAGAUAUGUAUCUGAUGUGACUGCAGGACGCUCAGGUCGCGAUCAUCCGACCUAUACGUCAUCAAUAUGCGACAAACAUCACUGUUGUUCAACAACACAAACAGGCGCGGAAAGGGGGUCACUUCACGGACGCAUUCCAUUUACAUUAGAUGCUGCAUUCGUUGUUGUAAAUGUGAACGACCGCACAAAAAGAUCGGAUUUAACAAAAAAUCCGAAUUGUGGAUCAUAACCUGCAGUGUGAACGUAGAUUAAAAGUCCAUUUAAGCUCCAUCAUGUCCUGAUCUGCUGCCCAUCAGCGCUUCUUCUGCAUGCAUUGUUUCAAUUCUGCAUCCACCUGCAGGCACCAAGGGAAAUAAAAAAAACUCUCUUAUCACAGUUCAGACUUUAAGUGUCUAAAAUAAAUCCAAACAUGGAGCCUCGACACCAAACUCAAACAGUCUCUGCUGCAAUAUAUGAAACCUGCUCUCUGUUUUGCAAAAGUGGAGCAUUAUAUUGUUUUUUAGGACUUUAUUUAUGCAUGCACAUAACAGCUGCAUGUGAGAAGGAGGCCACCAUCACACAGAUCUGUCUCUACAUGUGAGUUUCUGCUUGCAUGUGCAGGUUUAUUAAUCCGUGCACAGUGGACUUUCCUCUUGGGAGCUUGACAAAGACUCAAACAGUGUAUGUUUAUCAAAUGACGUAGCUGUUGGGGUACGCCAGAGGAGUCCAGUUGGGUUAUGAAAUCCUCAACAUUGACUCAGUGCAUGCACUCAAAGAGAGGAUGGAGAUCUAAAGGCUCCAAAAGCAUCUUCAGAUGUAAAAAAAAGAGCUGCAAUGCAAAAAGUUUCCAGUCGUCUUUGCCGUCUUGCCUGAAUAUCCGAUUCCGUCUGUCAUUUGCAUAUUCUAUAAUCAGGAAAAAGUGCAAAUUAUAUGCAAAAAAAAAGAGCAUUCAGAGAUGAAGCUGCAGUCGCUGCUCUGAAAAGCUGUUAAACUUGAUUUCUGCAGGUUCUCCUCCUCUUCUCAGACAGAUUUCUGCUUUUAUUCACAGUCUGAAGUGAAAAUGUCAAUAUUUGUCAACAUGUUGGCCAUUCUCCUAUGAUCAUAUGUACGCUAAAUAUCUUAUCGUAUCUGUGGCUCUUUGUUCGAGGAAGAGUCAUUGUGCUCCUUAUUGACACUGUCUCCUCUGUCUCAUUGUUAUUAGGCCCUCCAUCUCUCAGAGUCGUUCAUUCAGCCCACACUGACUCCAGUAGUUUCUGUGUUUUUGUCCCCUGUGUUUAUAAGAUAUAAAGCAUCAAUCUGCGCCCAGACACACCUAUAAAUACACACACAGUCUGUCUGCUGCAUAGAAAACCCGUUCCAGUGUGUGUUUGCGGCUCCAGAAGUAUGCAUUAAAGCUUUCCUGCCCCGUAAUUGGUGCGCACACUUACCACUUAUCUGUCUCACUAGAAUGACAAAAACAGAGACGGCAUUAGAAAGUUUCCCUCAUCAGCGUUUUCUGCACGGUAGGCCUUGUCUCUGUUUGUCUCUCUCUGCUGGGGCGGGCCUGCAUGCAGCCUUUUGUUCAGUCUCCUCAUAAAUCACACGCACAGUACGGCGCUGAGGCCCAGGUGAGAGCCGGGUGGAUUUAUCAUCACAGCAGGGGGAUGGGAGUGGGGGGAUUCUGAUGGCGUGGAGCUUUCUCUAAGAGCGGAGAACAUGAGGGUUUAGCAAAGACGACGCGGGUAUCGAUUCAUUUGUGGAGGAGAGAUGUAUCGCGGGAUCAGCGCGUACAUGUUCGGAGACAAAAGAAAGGUCCAGUCUGGUUGAAGUCAUGGUAGAUUACAUGUCAAUCCUGAGAAACAAUCAGCUGAUCGUGUUUGUGCGAGAUUACCUUUUGGAGAAACAAAAGUUUUAUAAACGUCCAGCUUUGAAUCGAGGUCAGUCCCUCCAGGAUUGUGGCUUUACGGGUUCAAGUUCAGCGGUUUAAAGAUUACUCCAAAUAGGGGGCGGCGUUCGCUUGACCCAGCUGCGUCCAAAUCGGCCUCUCGCUCUCGGUCAAUCAUCCCGCUUGAUAUCUAUCAACCGCGGCGAAGGAGACGCGCCGAAGUGAGGUUGUUGUGUUGUAUUUCUUGCAGCGGAGUAAGUUGAAUACAAAAGCUUUUGAAAAAUGAGUCACAGUAAAUCGGGGGAGCUUGCCAGCAGUGAGUAAGACAAAAUGAGACAGACAGAGCAGAGCAGAGAUAAUAUGAGGAAAAGGAUGACACAUCCGAAGACGACAGAGGAACAAAUUAAAAAAGAAGAGGAUGAAAGUCUGUAAACACAAAAGACGGCUCUGCACAGGGGGUCAAGUGCAGCAGCUCCUCAGCCAGAAUGUGGGUCCACUACAGGGGGCUUAUGUUGAUAUUGGGGUUAGGCAGAAGCGCCGCGUUGUGUAAUAUGCUCAAGUUAAUGCGCUGUAAUAAACGGGCAAAUCCCCUGAAAGCCUGUCCAUUAUGACAGAAACACAAGGCGUUUAGACAGGCCUGGCGGUUCCCUUUGUUUGAGCGGCGAGCCCACAGUGAGUCUCCGUCAGCCUCUGGGAGACAUCGUGGACAUGACGGAUAGUCCGAGACAUGAGCCCCCUGGCUUCUUUCCCGGGGCCGCAGGAGGUCAGUGUGCGAGCGAGCGGGAGAUAAAGAAAAGUGGUCGUAAAGAGUCGCACAAGUAAUCACUGAAAGUGUGUACGAGCCGUGUGGGCUUACAGUGAAACAUCUGCUCAGAAUCAGGUCUGUUGUGCAAUCGGUGCAAAUGUGCACACACACGGAUGGAGCAGGACGGCGGCUUGGGUCAGCUCUGGAAACACAGAGAGAGAGAGAGAGAGAGAGAGAGAGUGGGAUCACAAUUGAGUAUUUUGUUUUCUGCUGGUUUUAGUGGACCAGAGAAAAUCCCACAAUCCCCCAGAAAGCUUUGGAUCUGUGGAAAAGUCGGUACCUGAUCUUCAGGCCUUCAGGCGGAACAUGACUCUGCAGGAGAAAUCACCGCAUGGGCUCAAAGUCGUCUCCAUAGUUUGUAGGUGGAUCUACAAAGGCGCAAAUGAGCAAAUGCUGGAAACACUCAGAGCUCAUUUAAAGGGAUAUUCCGGUGUAAAUUUAAGGUAUGAUCAGACACACCGUAACACAGAGUCACCCUGAAUUUCCACUGCAUCUGGAUCAGCUCCAAUACGGGGAUUUCAGCUGUCCGCCAAUUCCUACUGGAUCCGUUUGUGAGGGGAAUGUUGCUGACUGCUUGCUUCUCUAGUUUUACCAACUUUAGUAAUGACCACAGGAUAGUAAUACACAGCAGGGAGCCCUGACGAGUCGAUCACCAAGUGCAGCGGAGUUUCGCAGCUCAAGGAAGAAAAUUUAUGAUCAUUACUUCAUGGAAAUGAUCCGCUGUACUCGUCAGGGCUUCCCCACAAACAAGCGGUUGCUGGAAGAGAGUAGGUGAGUUGUGUUAAGUCUCUUUUCUAAAGAAAUGAGUCAAAGUCAUAAAGAUGUUUGGUGUCUAGUACUAUGGCUGUGACCCUAUAUGUCCUGUUGAUGAAGUUAGGUGCUGUUCUGAGCAUUAUUUGUGGCUAUAGAGUGGUGUUUUGGUUGAGGUUUGUUUGUGGCUCCUCAGACAGCUGUGUAUUGCUAUCAUGUGGUUGUUACUAAAGUUGGUAAAACUAGAGAAGCAAGCAGUUGGCAACAUUCAUCUCUCAAGGAGGUGUCUAACUCGGUGUUAUGGUGUGAUUGACCAUGACUGAAUUUUAUGCCGAAUAUCCCUUUAAGAUGAAACUUUGACAUCCUUUUUGGAAAUCGUGAAUACUGUGUCUUCUGCACUGUAGAUGGAUAGUAGGUUUUUUAAUGGAUGCAUCAGCGCCUACAGCGUGGCUAGUUUACGCACCUCAAUGAAAAACUCUCUCCUUGUUGUUUCCUGUUUGAUUUUUUGUCUCAAAGACACGAAAAUAUCAAUUUCAGCCUCUUUAAAACAAUCUGAAAACAAUCUAAAUCUGUUUUUCUCCUUCUCUGGUGUCCCAACUUUUUGGAAUAGAGUUAUAAAAAAAAAAAACUCAUCUUUUCUGUGUUUCUCAGAGCAGCGUGUGUUUUUUUAAGACUCUUCCACGCUGCAGGAUCUACCGUGGAUUUUCAUUCCUUCAUCAAACCCACAGCUAGUCUUUGUUUCCAGCAGAUGCUUUUCAUAAAGCUUCCUGCUCACAGCCACACCCUCCUCCUCCUCUUCCUCCUCAGCGUCUGAUAAAUUGGUCAGCAGAUGUGAUGGCUCUAUUAUGCAUUCAUGCAAAAUUGCAUUCUCCAAAUUGGCAGAUAAUAAAACAUCUGCGCGUUUACGGUGCGACUUUGUUGUGUGUUUAUGUCCGGCUGUGCGCGUGUUUGAUGAUGCUUCAAACGCUGAUCUAACAUCUUGAUUGCUUUCCUUCCAGCCAUGAAAUCAGGCGGCACCCAGCUGAAGUUGAUCCUGACUUUCCAGAAUUACGGACAAGCGCUCUUCAAACCCAUGAAGUAAGUAACGCUGCAAAAUACAUCCACAUAUCAACUUCAAGAGGGGUUUCUGCGCCCUACACUCACACUCACACACAUCUCAGAUUUCUGCAGAUCUACAUUUGCAUCAAAAAUCUCUUUGAUUCACUCGGUUUGAUGCGCCCACUUGGACGACAUACGUUUCAAGAGCGCUGCAGAAAAUCUCAUCUGCCAAAGAGCGCCGCUGCAUCUUCCAGUGCGUUUGCGACGCGCAGCUCUCCCCUCUGUGUGAUCUUCGUCUGUCUGCUUUUUAAUUAACAUCAACGGGCUUAUGUGUUAAUUAAAAUGAGCAUUGAGCCGUCGUGAAGACGUCUUCGGGGACGGCGUAUACGCUGGCAAACGCACAUGAAAAAGAAAUGCCCUCCCUUUCAGCUGCCUGAGUUUUGCCCGAUGGAUUCCCACAACGACACGGAUAAACAGUGUCCAGGCCAACUGGGCUGUGAUCAGAAGUAAUUGCUCAGGAGUCUGGUUUGAUUGCUAUGAAAUGUAGAAUGUUUUUUUUCGACAUGAAAGCGUCUGAGGAGGAAAUGAGAGAAAAGAGAGAAAGAGAGGCAGACAGAGGGAUGAGGCAGUAGGCAGCGAGGGUGUUAGGCGGUUGUUUGCCCGAGUGUUGCUCAUGAGACUCUAAGUAUGACAUCUUGACAACCUGCACAGGUGUGGAGUGUGAUGAUUCAGAGUGAAGAAGCCCACCACCACCACCACGCAGGCCGGAGUCACAUUAGUGGGAUUAUGAACGGCUCAGGUCUGUCAGUUCAGCUUGAAAAUGAACGUCUCUCUAAGGCUGAAAAGUUCACCCCAAAACUCCUGACCUCGAGUUUGACGCUUCGAUCUCCUGCUCAGCUUUAUUUUGACCUGAGUGCUGCUGAAUCACUGCAAACAAACGCAGACGCUCAGAUUUAGAGUCAUUCUUCUGUGGCCCAUAUCGAGGUUGUUCAGCAGCUGGAAAUCAGAAGAAGAUGCUAACUCGUUCUCUGACCUAAAAAAUGGCGCCUGUUUCUUUAUUGUGGUUUUCAUUCAUGCAAACAUUUCAGGCGUCAGUGGCGUUGAUGUCUCUGACAGCUGAAUCCAACCUGAGUGUGUCAGAAGCUGUGGCUUUCAGGGACUGCAGAAGGUCUAAGAGCUGGAUCUGGUCUGGAAGUUUGCUGUUUGCGUACAUGUAAAAGGCUCAUUUAUGCUCGCUGUACAUAUGGAAAUGAAAGCGUCUUUUUCAAACAAUGGUUCCGUCACUGCCCACAUACUUCCUUGCGUCCUUUACAUUGGCAUGGAUGUUAACCAUUUAAUCCAGCAGGAGCUCGUGAUAAUGUAUAUUUAGCAUAGGAGACAGAAACGGAGGCAGCAUUGGAGGAGGUGGUAUUGGUCAGGCCACUGAAUGACUUGUAGUUGGAGGACGGAGAAUUCUUUUAUGUAGUAGUACCGAUGAGAGAAACUGACAACGAUCCUUAAAAAGCUCGCCAUUGUCUACUUCGGGUAGUGAUGGCAGCAACACUGCCCCCAUGGUUUCCGGUGGUACUGCUCCGUCUGGCCCGUAUCCUUAAACUCAGAUGAUGAGCAGCUUAGUUAGGGUGACCAUACUUCCUCUUUUACCCGGACAUUUCCUUUUUUGGGGGCUGUCCGGCUUUGUCUGGGAAGUUUAUAAAAUCCUUCAAAUGUCCCCGUGCUGUACGUAAGUUUCAAGUUUGUGUCACGUAGACUUUCUGAGUUAGAAAUUUGUAAAAGACACUUGAUCCAACCCGAAAAACUCUCAACAUUAACUUUGUGCGACUCCCUGACUCCACCCGCCUUAUUCGUGUCCUCUUUUUAAGAAGUCAGAAUACGGUCGCUAGGGUUGGGACGAUAUGCUUUUCUCCCGAUUCGAUUCUUCUUCUAUUUUUUUGGAUGCCAAUUCGAUUUAAAUUGCGAAUCUAUGAUAAUGUCGAUUUUCUAUAUUUAGUCUGCAUUUUUAACAACAGUGAAACAGUUAAAUGUUUAUGAUUGUCUACUGACUUUUCCAGGAACCAUAUAUCCCCAAAAAAUAUACAUGUUAGUCAGUUUUUAAGAUCUGUUCUUAAAUUUGAAAAAAAAAAAAAAAGAUUUUUGAACAUAAAAAUCGAUUUGAAAAUUGUAAAACAAAAAUCCCGAUACUUCUGUGCAUCGAUUUUUUUCUCCUCCCCCUAAUGGUCGCCCUAGCUUAGUGUUGCAGAGGCUGUCAGAGAUAUUACAAACAGAACACGGAUAUAAACCUGAGAAAUGAUUGACUCCUCUUUAAACAUCAUAUUCAAACAAACCUUUAAAUGACUGAAAUAUUAAAUCUCUCGUAUCAGAUGUCUGUGGGUCCAAAUGCUGAUAUGAUCAAGUUUCCUUCUCUGUGAUUUUCAUGUUUAACCUCAGAUUAGGUUCUGAACUUUGCAUAAACCGUAUUCGCCGUGUUUCAGAUGCAGAUUUCUUACAGUAGAUCUGAAGCAGAGCGGUCCGUCUCAGUAGCUGUCAGAACCCGUCCUGACAGUAAUUACAUGUCAGCUUCUGAAUUAUAUGCUACAGAUUCCUGCAGCUCUUUAUUUAGCCUGUCAUAUUUUAUUCAAAGUUGCUGCUUUGACUGUGGCGCUCAUCUGUCUCCAGUGUUUACAGAUAUUAUGCAAAAGUCUUCAGAGCGGAGAGACGAAAAUAUCAGAGUUUUCAGGCAGGGAUAGUGUAAAAAGGUAACCUUUGUUCUACUUCUGUUUCCCUGUCAUGGCGCUGACGCGUCCUACUUUUAUUUUGGGAGCUGUGAUGCAUUCUGGGUACAGUAGUUCAGAGUGGUGCGGUGUGGAUCUGUUUUUCCUCACCUGUCCCAUUGUGCAGCGUGAAGUGGAGCUUCAAAGAGACUUUGAUGUUACAGGGCUCCUUUGAGCUGAAUGCAAAUCUGUAAACCGGUACGGACCAGGAGACCGCACCAGCUGACAGCCUGCCAGACACCUCCACUCGCUGUUUCUCACCGUGACGCUCAGGGAGGGAAAAGUUGGAGCGUGAUUUUAUCUCUCUGAGUAACUCUGUGAUUGGCUUCAGUAAUUUCAGGGGGGAAGAAACACCGGAUAUUCAGUGUUUUACAGAGUAUUUUCUUCGAUUCUGACACUUUGUCCUCCGAGCACCAACCAGCAGUUUCUAGUUUUAUUUUAGCUCAGUUAUCUUUACUCUGGAUUUGAUUAUCUUCAGUUAGAAGCUAAUAUAUCAACAGAUAUUAAAUGAUUAUCUUUGACUGACAUUGCAGGAUCUUCAUAGGCUGCAGCUGACCUCGGGUUAAAGUGCAGCAGUUCUUCGACUUUGGCUUUGACUCUUUGCUGCAGAAGUUUCAAUAAUUCAUUUUAAGGGCUAGACCGAUAAUAAUUCUGUUAACUCGUCAUUGAUUAUUUACCCACUGAGCAAUAGACGUCUAGUUUGUUUUAGACCUAAUUUCAACCGUCUAGAUUAUGUAUAUUUUUAGACAGAAUUCAUAAAUUGCACUUUAACCCGUUAUUCGAUAACUAUUGAUUUCAAAAAGUAACUGUGAGUUGCAUAAAUGAUUUCCAAGUACUUAACCAAAAUAAUUAUGAUAGUCGUUGAGCAGUAUACAGUGUAGUAAAGAUAUAGGCCAGAUUUAGACUUGGUCUGAACUUGGUCUAGAUUUAGACGUUGAAAAAACUUUAAUUUUUAGACCUGUGGUAGCCUGAUUUCUGACCAGUUGUCUAGACUACAUUGAGACGUCUAUUAGACCAAAAAAUGCUCAGUGGGUAGGAGCGAGUCGACUAACUCGCAUGACAAAUUAAACAAUAACUUUGAGUCUGAUUAAGCGAUCAGCAUUAGGACUGCAACGAUUAGUUGACAUUGUCGACAAAAAUCGAUAAUGAAGAAGGUCGACCAUGAAUUCAAUCGUCGACUAUUGUUGCCAGACGUGUUUUUCCAGUGGAGUGAGGCGUCUUACUUCAUUACGAUCUCUGCCUAGAGUCACACAAACUCCAAAGUUUGGGAGCGCUUCAGCCUAGAGACAAAAUAACUCGUAUUAUGACAGUCUGUAGGUGAUACAUGAACAUGUCCGAUUAGUCGACUGUUAAAAUAGUUGUUUCCGCACAUGUUCCUCCUUCAAGCUCUAAAUGAAGUAAACUGAAUCCAUAUGAGACUAGUUUGGACGUGUAACACGGUUACUAUAGCAACACUGUAAGAGUUAGCUCCACUUUUAUAUGUUAAGAGAGGAGGAAGAUUUAAAGGUUAAACUCGGACUGUUAAUCUGAUGUCCAACAAACUGAUCUUCUCCCCUGAUAAACCAGCAGUCGUCCUCUUUGCAGAAAUGGAGUUAAACUGUAAAAGUAUGAAGGAAAUGUAGCAGUCCUGCAGUUUUUGCAUGUUUGCAUUUUCCAAAAUCAAAAAUAUGUCAUUUCUCAGUAACUUAUCUUACGAUGUUUUCCUUCACCUGUUGCUUCUUGGCUCCUUUUUGCAUGCAAAGAUAGGAAGGAUGCAAGAUGUCUCACUCCUCUGCAGUAUCAUGAUGCUUGAAAAUACAAAUCAAAGAUACGUUUGAGUGCAUCCUGGUCUUUUCAGGUGAUUCUAAGAAGUUAAUAAAUAGAAAUAUAAAGUUGCAUUGACUUAGAAACUCAUAUGACGGACUGAGUUUCAGAACCAGCCCAGUUUUCUGAAAGUUAAAGGUUAUUUUUGAGUCCUCCAAGAAUCUAAUAAUCAAAUAUCUGCAGAAAUAAUCAAUGAUUCAUAGAGAUCAUGAAUAUAAAGUGAAGAAACAGAUCUGAAAUGGUUGUUGGACUUUAGAGAAAGAAGAGAAAUACGAUAAAUCAUCUUGUGAAAAGAGACAGAGUCUGUGUUGGACGACAAACGAGAAGAAGAGCUAGACCAGAGGGUGGGGGAGCGGUCUUCACUGCCAACUUGUCAAGGAACCGGCUCUUCCAGCUGGAGCCAGGUUACAUGCGGGGCUGAGACCCUCCAUGCCAGGCCUCCAUGUCUGUCUGGCUCCUGUCCCUGGUGCCGGUCCCACCCGUCCACUGCCAAGAUCCCGGUUUAUGGUGUGUACACAGAAUGUUCAUGUCAUGCUAAUUGGAUUUGUCAGAUGGAUGGUCGGGGGGGAUUGCAGAAGGAGGUGUAAGCCUCAGAUAUGCAAAGAAAGACUGAAUUUCUCCAUCACUCUGUCUGACAAACACGUUUCCAUCCCCCUCUCUUUGAUCGUGCUGAUCGUCUCAAACGCUUCAUGCAUCGAAAAAAUAUCACAGAAACAACGACGACGACUUUGAUCGUCUCUGUUUGUUGUUGUUUACAUGCUACAGCUGUGCCAAGAGCCGCACCAUCAGGGGGCUCGUUGCAUGUGAAGACAUGUGCUAGAACAUAUAUGUAGGACACACAUGCCCCUCCACACCGUGGGGACUCAGGAUGCAUCCUCCUCUUCAUGAACUCGACCCGUUUUGACAAGCGUGAGCUCUGAGCGCCAGCGAGGUUAGCCAUGGAGAGCGUUCGCUGCAAAACCCAAGAGGCUUCUGGGAUUUUAUAUCAUCCACAGGCUGUUUCAUCAUCACAAGUCUUAUAAUAAGCUCCGCGUCAGAGUUCAGUUCUGACUGACGUUCCCUUUGGAUCCCGUCCGCAGAUUGGAAACCCACUGGGAAUGGAAGCCUGUAAUAUCCCGCGGAGACCGCCUCUUCCUGCUCUGGUUAUUAAUAUGAUCAUGAAAGAUUGAUGAUUUCAUUAUUGAUCUCUGUGCAUUCAUGUAAAGUGCAGGUAGAUACAGAGCUGCUCAUAAACCCCCUUUUUUUUACGGCUUGUGGUCUUUGUGGAGAUUACCUGCUGACUGCGAAUAUUCCCUCCGCCUUUUAAUCUCCGUCAACCGCAGAAAUCUUCAAUCCCUUCGCCAAGAUUACAAUCUUGUAAACUCGUGACCAGAUAACAAGCAUCUGCGGACCGAACGGCAACAAGAGCUGCUUUCACAGAUUGAGUUGUCUCUCACGUCGCUCGCAGACGUGCUCGCAAAUCAUGAAUAGAAACCCAAUGAGAGCAUAAUGGUAUCAGAUGACAGACAAAAGCGAGAUCACACGGAGCGUCUGCAGAUCCAUCCUGAUCCUUGCAGGCCUCUUUGUAAAGAACCUUAAUAUCUUACUUCAUGGAUAGGAUUACACGCAAACACACACAUGCAUGCAUGCACAGAAACACACAGUUAAUCCCUGCUGAAUUUCUCUUUAUGGCUGAAUAGACAUCUUUUCAUCUGCAGCCUUUUCAAACUAAUCCAUCAGUGUCGACGUCGGCCUUUUUAAUUAUUUUGUUGUCACUCUUGGAGGAUCUUCAACUGUUUUAUAACCUUAAGAAUCUGAACAACGCCACCAGCCGAGGGUAACGUACAGCAAGUGGGAGGUUAUGUCUCGUCUAACACCGGUUUCAUAACGAGGAAGGCGCCCAAAGGGAAAGGAAUGAUGACAAAGCCAUCACAGUGUCUCCUUUCAUUCUGUCAUUUCAGAGCAGGAAAGUUAAGCCGAAAACACACAGGAUCCGUAUUGAGCGCGUAGAGCAGCGUUGGGUAUCACAUACAGGAUCUCAAUUUGGAGCGUAGCAGCGGCGUAGUGCAGCUCCGGUCAGCUGGGCUCAGUAUAGAGGAAACAACAACAUGCUCACAACAGGUCGUUUUUCCUUUCUGUGGUCGAUUUCCUGUUGAGCUUCUACUAUAUGAGAAAAAGCUUUAAGUGAUUUCACAGUUUGGGUUUUUGCAGGUUUACUCGUGUUUAACUAAAUUUAACUAUGUUUCUUUAUGCUGUUACCUUCAGACAGAGUCAGCAGGUCAAAGUCCUGUUGGGGUCCACAUGGAUCAGGGAUUGACCAACAGAUUGUUUUGUAUUACCGAUAAAUCCAUUACCAGACAGUAAAGUUCACAUAUGGUGUUUUAUUUUGAAAUACCAGAUGACACGUGACUUUUUAGUGCUUGACUUCCUGCCUAGAACAACUUUCUCUGUGUGGACUGACGGUCAUUGGAAGCGUAAAGCAGCAAAAAUCAACUCGCCACGUAUCUUUAGCAGAGCUGCUCUCGAUACAAUGCAGCGACGGAGCUGAUAUGCGUCCUGUACGCUUUGCUGCAAUGAUUAGAAUGGAAACCUAUUUGCUGCAUGACACUGCUGCUACGCUCCAAAUAGGCGUCCUGUAUGUUUUAGCCUUUACUCCUUGUCUGCAGUGAAUGCAUGAAUGCAUGAAGGUGUAAUGGUGCGGCAAAAUCGUACUAAUUCUGAGGUAGUGUGUUGCUUUGGAGCUGCAAGGGCGGAACAGUACUGUGUGUGUGUGUGUGUGCAUAUGUAGUGCUCCAGAGAAAAUAACUGAUCAAUUUACAAGUUCUGCAAAAGAAAAUCUUCUUAUUUGGGUCAUGCACAAGAUUGUUAUGCCAGUUUUUUCUGCAUAUGCAAAUGUGGAGCAUGAUUACAAGAAAGAUGCAGGAAGUCUUUGGAUCAAAUCAAUCAGCCGCCUCUAAUUUUAAGAGCUGAGGUGAAAAUAUUCCUGACAUCACGUCUGAUUUUUUUAUGUUCAUUGUCUGCGAUUGUUUCCUUAAAGAGCUCCCAAGGGGAGCGUAAGAACGCCGCUGGCUCUAAUGAGUCGGACACGCUGUGGAGAGGUGCCGUCUGAGCUCAUCUCUGGGUGUGUGCGCAGAUGAAGCAUGUCACUACGGACAGCUGUUCACCGCAGCAGCUGCUGCUCACACACACACACAUGCAGACACACAAGCCGCAAAGAGCAGGAAGCUGUGGGGGUAACAGAGUUCGUGCACCCUCUGUCACCCGGGGCCAACGCUGUAAAAAUCUGCUGCUGCUGGAGCCGACCACUCAGAACUGAAGAUGAUGUUUGCUGCAGAAAUCGAGAUUCAUUUUCUCUUAAGUCAAAAUCUUUUGUUUUGAAAGUCAUGAAGAGUCACUCUUUCAGCCUCGCCCUGGUCUGUGAGUCAAACAGGAAGUUCACAGCGAAUACUCUGACCUCAAUCGUGUUUUUUUUUUAAGAGGAGGCCUCAGCUGUCCCCUCCAUCUUUCCACUCACUGAUCAGUUAUGUAAACUCUGGCUGCACGACUUUGAGCCUGCAGAGCCGAUCUUGGCAGAGACAGGCUCCUCAGGUUUUCAUCAGCCCCCUCACUGCGCCGUCCUGGCAGCGGAGCGGCCUCGCCGUCGUCCCAUUGAGUCCGCUCAUGUCGCACAAGCACGGCAGACCAAUCAGCUGGCAGAGGACGGAGAGGCACGGGGUGCCAAGCAAUUUGUCAGACCUGGCUGUUGAAAUCAAUGACAAUCUGCGGAGAGCAGGUGUGGUUUGUUCAUGAGCGAGAAGGACAGGGGAGGAGUGAGUGUGUGUGUGUGUGUUUGUGUGUGUGUCUGUGUGUGUGUGUGUGUGUGUGCAUUCAGGAUGCAUAUUCCUCUAAGACGCUCCUCUCUUAAAGCUUUGUUGAUUCACCCAGAAUGCAUCUCUCUGUUUGUAUCUGUUAGUGUGAACAUGACAGUUUGAGAGAAACUGUUUCGACAGGUUUGUGUUUAUAAAUCUGUAGAAGAAGAGAAGAAAGACGUCAAAACAGGAUCGAGUCAGAUCUUUGACUGAUGCUGAGAGACAGUGAGAGGAUGCCUGACAGUGAAUCCACAUAAAACCAGCAUAGAGGUAAAACCAGCAUCCUAAAGACUGCUCCUCUGCCACUGCACGGAUUGCAGAACAAAAUCUGGAUGCAUUAAUCCUUGAUAGGGCUGCACGAUUAAUCGAUUUUGAAUCAAAAUCUGUUGUUAAAAAAUUAGAAUCCUCAAAUCGAUCAUGUCUCCUCCAGAAGCGCUCCCCAGCUCCCACUCACACCAGUGUAAACAAACAUGGCGUUUGCAAAAGAAGGCGAUAAUUUCGUUGCUAAAUAGGACAAGAACAAGUCAGUCGUGUUGAAUUGGUACAACUUCGCAGUUUCGGACGAAGAGCAAACCACUGCUCGCUUCAAAGUCUGUCUGAAGGCGGUAUCAACCCAUCACCACGGAAACAAAUUCGGGAGUAAACGCUAAAGUUUUUUUGUCGUAUCGGCGUUUCAUCCACACAGAUGACUGUCAAUGGUCAGAGAGUGUAUAAAUCCGUAAACGACGACCAUUUCAUCUCCAUGUGGAUGUCUAUCUGCAUCUCUGAAAACGAUCAUGUGACACACAGCGUAACUCUUUUAGGGCACCAAAACAACCUUAAUACACAUGCUCUGUACUCUUCUUCUGUCUUUUGUGUAUUUCCUCUGCAGCAUUAUAGCGCCACUUACUGGCUUGGCAUAUGCACCACAUCAUUUUUAGUGGUUUCAUUUUGAGAGACGAUAGAAAGUCGUUUUAUUCAAGUGAAGUUUGGAGAAGUUGUCACAGAAUAAAAGAUGGAAAAUGGAGUUUUCGGGAUUUUACUCUGAAGUUUUUUCCACAGUGUCAACAGGCAGAGGUUCAACUUCAGCUGAACUUGUGACCUAGUUGCAGCAUUAACAGGAUUCUUCUUCUGUGAUUUGAAGAAAGUUUCUUUGAAUGCGGUGAAGCAGAGCCUCAGAGUGUCAAGGUUUCACUGACAACCAUCACAGUCUCUCCCGCUCACACGUUAGCUUCCCCGCCUCUGAACGGGGUCAAGGUCAGAGCAGCUGCUCAGGUGAAAUCAAAGCUUUCUUAUCAGAGACGUUACAGACGUAUCUCACUCUUUCCUGGAAACUAAUCCGACACCGAGAACUUCCAAAGCAGGCAUUGUCUUCUGCGUUCCCCUCCCCGCCUCCCUGUUUCGUUUUAUUGUCUCUCACGCACUCGCAGAGAGAGCGCUCCGGUGUCAUAACAUCUGUUCCUCGUGUAGCUUUGUUCUCGCAGCACCAGCAGCUUGUCUUUUAACUCCGGGCACGACCGACUCCCUCCGCCGCAGCUCCUUCAGAUCAAUUCGUUUUUUUCGAGUCGCUUUAAUGUGGCGUAGGUUUGCUCGUCUUACACCGCCCCCUCCUCUCCUCUUCCAGCGUGUCCUGACCUCUUUCCCUCUUUUACUGGAUUUACCAAAGAUCUUAAAGCCGUUUCUCUUUUACACUCACAUGUUUUUAUAUUUGACAGUCCUUUUGGAAAUCAUGGACGCCGUCACCUCCUCUCCGAUCUGAACCUCUCCCACAGCGCCUCGUUGUUGCCGUGCGAACAAUGUGAUGUGGGCUGUUUGCAUGUGUUCAAACUGGAAGUGUUAAUAGCUGGGUAACCAUGCAUGUAGUUUUACAGUGUGUGUGUGUGUGUGUGUGUGUGUGUGUGUGUCCGGUGUAGUCAGUGUGUGGGCGCUGUGAUGUGUUGACCUCUCGUAGGCUGUGAGAUGAGCCGCUUAAUUAGUGCGAUGCUUUAACCAGCUGCUUUCAGAGGUCUGUCACAUCUGCCUCGUCAUGAGCACGCACACACACACACACACACUCUCAAAACACACACACACACACACACACAAACACACACACACAUAUAUAUUCAUUUAUACUGUGUGAGGAUUUGAGUGAUUUUGGUGACGUCUCUCUAAAGUCUGCUGCUGAGUUUCACCGUCUGAUGUUUUAAUUGAAGUGUCACUCAUGUUUGCGCGUUCUUCCGCUCAUUAUCUCGUUGUACGUCUGGUUGUUAAAAUGUGCGUUCGGGUCCCGUGUUCCUCUUCCUCUCUGCCUCGCUCUUCGGCGUCCCCUGUUUGUCGUCUCUUCUCGUUUUGAUCGAUUCCUGACACACGCAGACUCGAGUAAAAUCAGAGGGCCGUCUUAUUUUAACUCUCAUCUCUCAUGAAUGUUUUACUAGGUCAACUCUCAUCACCGCCACUCCCCAUUCCUCCAUCCUUCUCUCUCUCUCUCUCCGUCUCCACCUCCCCGUUUCUGGACUUGUUUGUUUGACUCGCUGAGGCGGCGCUAAUCCUCGGCUUGUCCCUCUCCUUCCCGUUCAGAGCCUGUCGCUCUGUAUUUUUAGAUCCUCUCCGUUUUCUCCCUCUCUGUCUAACAAGUGUUUAUGCUCUCUCUCUCUCAGAGUAAUGUGGCGGAGCCGUGAGUACCCUAAUCUUAAUGUGAUUACGGGACAACUCAGUUUCUCGAGAUGAUACUGUGAGUGAUGUGUGUCCGUGUCUCUCUGUGCUGAAUGAGCUCACGGAGGAAAACGUGCAUGAGGGGAAAUCCAAUUAUCACAAAUCUAGGUCUUAUAUUGUCUGAUAAUGUGGACAUUUGAAGCAGUUUUCUUACAAACACGGUGGAGGAACAUGAGUGAGAAGCAGAAGGAGGAAAUUAUUUGAACAGAGGUGCAGAUAAAUCUCAGCCAAGGACUUCAGGAGUCUGUUGAGAAGAAGUUGGAGGAGAGCAGAGGCCAGAGAACCUGGUGGAGAUCAUAAAUUCCUAAUAAAGGGUACACUGAAGGGCAAAACCUCACAGCCAGUAUAAAAAAGUCUUUGUUUGUUCUGCUGUGAGGUAGGGCUGAAACGAUUCCUCGAGUACCUCGGUUACAAAAAAUGAUCAAGGAAUUUUCUCUGCCUCCAGUACCGUAUUUUACAGACUAUAAGGGGCACUUAAAAUCCUUAAAUUUUCUCAAAAAUUGACAGUGCGCCUUAUAAUCCAGCACACCUUAUGUAUGAUAUGGGGGGUAGUUGCUGAUAGGGCUGAUUCAUACUCUGAAGUUAUUUCGGUUCGGUUUUUUGCUAGGCUACUCCCCUCGUUCUCGUACUCAUUCACAGUCAUCAUCACUCUCCAGCCAGAGCGAGACCCAGCUACCACUGUAUCCGCUAUGGGUCUCUUCCACCCACGCACCCACUUGUUCCACAUUCCUUGCCUCUAAAAAAGGAAAACGAUUGUUUGUUCAUUAAGUUAAAUGUCUUAUUUUCUCUUGUAUAUUACUAAUUGCACUUUAACUAAAAAAAAAUUACAUUUUAUCCGAUUACUCGAUUAAUCGACGGAAUAUUCAGUAGAAUACUGGAUUACUAAAAUAUAGCUGCAGCCCUAAUGUGAGGAUAUAAUUCCCCACUGAGCCUCUUUUUUCAUUCUCUCUUAAAGUAUGUUUUCAGUUUUCAAGACAGUUUGUUUUUGCAUCUUAAUGUCCAAUAGAGUCUCUUUGGCUCCUAGUGGACAUUUAAAGAACUGCAGCUUUUGCACCUCUCGUUUUUAUUCUUUUUAAUCUGUUAGUGUAAAUAUGUCAGGUACGAGAGGAUUAGGGCCACAACAAGAGAAAAAAUAAUUACAGGAGGGUUUUUUUUAAUUUCCAUUACGAGAUUAAAGUCGAAAUUUUAAGAGUAAAGUCGAGAUAAAAUGCUGUAUGGCUUAAAUUUGUCGUAGAGGGGUCCUCAGCUUCAGUAAUGCCUGCACCUCAGAUGCCUGACUCAUCUGUGCUCACCCUGAAUCUGCAUCAUAAUUUCAGCACAGUCUUUUCAGAGUCCAAAUACUUAAGACCACACCGUGUUUGUGUGCUAAUAGAGCAAUUUAAUUUCCUUGUUACUAAAUCCAAUUCUAAAGUACAGCUUUACGAACUCUUCUAAAGAAGACAUGUUGAGAAACAAGUGACAAAGCUGUUGAUUCAUUAUCAUUAAUCCCAAAAUUACGACUCUAUUCAUAUAAUUUCGAAUUCAUUCGUGUCGACUUUAAUCUCAAAAUUUGAAUUAAAUCUCAAAAUUUCACUUUAAACCUGAAAUUAUAACUAUUGACAAAAUUACAGUUUUUUAAUCUCAAAUUUCAGCUUAAAUCUCGUUCCUGUAACUUUUUUCUUCCUCUUCAUGUGGCCCUCAUCCUCUUUGAUAUUCAUGACUUCUUUGAAAAGUCCUGAAGAUACGCAUGUGUGUUUCUCUGCACGAUCCACAUCCAAGUGAAUCCUGCGCACGCUUGUUGUGGUAUCUGGGCCCGUAUUGUUGCUGCUCUGCGCGGCUUUGUCGCUCAGCCAACCGAACGUAUCAUUACAGUCUAAAAUACCGUAUGGGGGGAAUUCCUGAGCCUCCCGCGAGGAAUGUCGCUGCCGCAUUCGUCUGGAAUGCUGAUUUCCCUCCAGGAGGCGAAUUCUAGACAUCUCAAGUGCGCAUUUCUUUUUUAUGAGGCGGGUAAAGCAUGCCAAACUUGACCUGAUGGUUUGUGAACUUUCAGUGAAAAUGCUCCCAGGAUGGUUCUCUUAAAUAAGCAGUCGUCGGGAAUGAGAUGUUUCCUUUUUUUGCAUUUUAUCCCGAAAAGUUCGACAACAACUUUUAGUGUGUCCCAGAACCUCGCUAAUGGCCCUCGUGUUUUUCGUUUCUCGUCUCUCUCAGAGGCUGUAAUGAGGAUAAUUGUUGGGGUUUAGCCUGAUAUAAAGUGGAAAAUGACAGAGCACACAUGCCUCUCAGUUACUUUGUCAUUAAAUCAACUGUUGCUCUCAACAAUGGGACCACACGCGCCGCUGCACCACCACACACAUCUCGGCUCCGUUAUUAGAUAAUGGCCUUUCCCAGGUAGAUCCAUCACAGUCCACCUGGAUGUCUCUGCGGGCCGGAUGAAUGAAUCGACAGUUCUUGGACGGGGGGAAAGAGAGAGGACAUUGUAGCUCUGUAACUUUGUCCUUUGUGAUAGCAUGAGCAGAGGUUAAUACAUCCAUUGUAGGCCAGUCCUGUGCUUGUCUAAGCCUGUCUUGUGCAAGGUGGCAAUUAGGGUGUGUGUGACUCCCCCCUAUCCCCCUGACGGAGUCCAGUGGAGGGGGAGGAGAAUGCAAUCAUUGUCUGUCAAUUAAACCAAAGGAGGGCUCUCGCUGGCUUCGCCCAUUGUCAGGACAGGAUGUGGGAGGGGCUACACUGGCCAGGUCUGGUAUCACCGGGCUGAGGGGAAGCAGGAACCUGAUCCAGGGACUUGCCCGGGUACCUCUCCCAUCCACUCCCACUAACCUUUUAGCAGCUCCAGGUGGCGGUGAUGCAAACAGAAGGACCUCUGUGCUGCAGGUGCAAGACGACUCUUUGUCAGUGCUGCUGCUGCUGCUGCUGAAGUGUUAGGUGGUGAGGUUUUAAAACGCACAGACUAAUGUGUGUCUGCAUACCACGUGAAUUAUUUUAACUUUUACAAGGGACCAAGAAGUCUUCAAUUUGCAGGAAUCCAUUAAAGAAGCAUCUUUUUUUGUGGUGUAUAUAUAAAAAGAGGCUUUUAAUAUCAGUCAAUAGUUAUUAGUUAUUGAUGAAAUUUGGUAAUACAACAAUUUUGCUGUGUUUUGUUAUAUCUGUGUUGUCAACAUGUUAACAUUUUUGAGCUCUUUCUGACUGUAAACAAAGCCAUUCUCUGCCUCCCCCAACCUGAUUGGUUGUGAGGUGGACGCUGCUCCCCGUCAACAAAGUUAGCGUGCUACAAUAUCGGACAGUAGAAACCAACCAGAAAGUUCGGAAAAUUGUCUGAAUCCUCCUUUGGCCACGACUGCCGACAAAAGGAAGAAAACAAAGUAAAUACCGGAGACUCUGGAGGAAUAACGGGCGCUUAAAACUGAGGUAGACCCGGGUCAAAAAUGAUGUGGGACACUUCGGGAACUUCUGGACCCUGUAACCUUUCUGUUGGACAGGUAAACCGCUUUAACAAAGUAAGACAAGUGUCUGUAACAGAAGUGUUUCUUGUCAAACGGACCUGCUGUAGCGUGUUGUAGCGCCAUCGCUAAACUGUUGACCUCGGGUCCUGGACUAUGUCACUUUAUCCUAGUUGUAGAAGUCCUGCAAACAUUGUGUUUGCUGGUAGUCUGUUGGCAUCUACAGUAGCACCAAUGCUUUCGACUUUCACCUUGACUGGGCCCCAUUUGUAAUUAUCUGAAGUAUUUAUCUGCAUUAUAUCUGAGUUUUACGAGCGAGUAGGAGCGUCUGUUUGUGGGCGGGGCUUGCUGGAGCAGAGAGGGAGGGGAGAGGAGGAGCUGAGGGGAAAACUGGUUGGGAGGGUUAGAGUUUAGAUUCAAGAUUUCAGCUCAAAUAGAAGGGUCAGUCCACUUGAGGCUGGCUCCACAACAAGGCGGUUCACAUUAGGCCCAAAGUACAUAAACCUCUCUGCAUGAACAAGACGGAGUCUAAUGCUCUGAUUCCAACUUGUCAUAUUUGUAUUUGUUGAUAGAAAGUAGCUCCAUCAGGAUGAGAGUGCACAGAGCAGCCUUCUGCAGCAGUGCACUCAAAAGCUUGCAGCUCAUCCCUCUGCAGAAGUUGGUGAAUUAUUUUUUUGCAUUUGAGUAUCAUAAGCAUUGUUUUUCUUUGUGCAUUAAACCCAGAGAUAGCUACACACAAUUUAAAACACAUGCAUGGACUGUCCGAAUGAUUCCUGUACCACAUUCAACUUUCAACCAGGUUUUAACUUCAAAGAAAAAAAACCCUAAAAAAUCAACAGUCUUCAGGAUCUGGUGCUCAAGGUUUCGCGACAGCCUUUGCCAGAUUUGAUGGCACUCCUUUUCCAAAAUAUUUCAGUCCGGACUGAAGCGGUGCACCAAGUAACCAACAGCUGGACAUGACUGUCUCCGGGGGCGUGUUGCUACCGCGGCUUCGACAUGUUGCCACCCAGUCAUUAGUGCGAGAAACCAUGCAGACAUCCUCACAUGUUUGAAGCUCCAGAGGGGUCACAGAGGUCCUGAUCCGACUCUGUUUUGUUGUGGUGUUGUGGACAUAGAGCGUUUUGGCAACAUAUCAUCAUAACAGGAUGAAACAUUGGGACACAGUGUGGAGCAACGUUAAAGGUCAACGAUGCAUGGGCAGUGUCGUCUGAUACAUGACCAACAAAGAGGAAAACAAGAAGACUUCUACUUGUGUUUCUCCUGUUUCUCCUGUUUCUCCUGUUUCUCGUGUCCUCUCUCCUCGCCACGUGCAGAUAUUUGUCAGAUCUGUAUUUUUGGCGUCCGGAGUUUCCUCUUCAUAAAUUAACUCUCUUCAUCCUCUCUCCCUCCACGGCUCUUCGCCCCUUACAUAAGGAUAAAUACAACCCCAGGAACUGUUUUUCCAGCGGUCUGACCACUUCCUCCUUCGCCACCGUCACCCACUCAUGACCACAAUGACAUCUCUCAGCCGCCACUUAGCCCCUGAUAGAUGGUUUCUAUUUAGGAAACGGCAUCUGACCACAAACCACCGAGCACAACAAGACUGUUGACAGGUCGAAAUAGAAAAGUUCAGCGGUCCAGGCCUCCAUUCUGGGGCCCGCCUGCAAAAGAAAGACUCUGAUGAUUGCUUUCUUUCGUUGAGGGAUAAGUUUUGAGUUUUUUGUAGUUAAGUUUCACCCAAUCGUGUUUGGCUGUAAGGAAAAGCGACGGCGUUGAAAAUAAUCGACAGCCUUUUCUAAAAACGGAGCCGUUCCCGCUCUGAGCUGACGGGUUUGAUGGAUGGACUGCGGGAGCUUGUAACUUUUAGCACCGAGCAGAACAGGUUUGUUGUGACUACCCCAAAGCUUCUCAGGUAAUUAACGAGCGCAUUCAUUAGAAAGCGGCGCCGUUAAAUCAAACGCUCCUCGGUCAUCAGUCAUGCGCCGCAGGAAUACGGCGUUUCAACGAGCCUCACAUCGAGCUAAUGAAGGGAAACAGAACCGAUUCUUCUCCAAAAUAAACUCUCCCGUUUCUGCGGAGCUGCGGGAGAGUGUGUGUGUGUGUGUGUGUGUGUGUGUGUGUGUGUGUGUGUGUUUGCAUCUGACAGUCUUUAUCACCUCUCGCGGCGCGUCCACAUUCGGUCUAAGUAAACACAGUCGGGAAGGGGACGGCUGGCCCGCAGCCAAAGUGUCCUUCAGGAAAAUAGAAAUCAAACAGUGAGAGGGGAGAGGAACGAGGGGAGAAAGUGAUGAAGGCUGCAGAGACACAGCUGACAUGUUUAUAGCCGGGGCGGCGUGAGGCGGCAGGGUCAUCAACAGUGGACACUCCCCGAGGACGAGGGGCAGAGAGAGAUGAGGAGAUCGUUAUUUGGAGAGGCGGGGAUCCGGUACAGCUGCAGCAGGUGAGCGGAGAGAGGCAGCGUGUGCGUGUGUGUGUGUGUGUGUGUGUGUGUUUCUUAUCUCUAGGUCAAGUUAAUGGGAUUGCUUUUGAUGAGACACCUCCAGAUAUUCACCCCCACAGAUGGCCGAAGAUAAUUGAGGCCCAAAAUGCUUACUCACAAUCCAAUUAACUUAUCUUGGCUCAAACUUUACAGACACGGUAGAGAGUGUGUGUGUGUGUGCGCGUGUGUGUGUUUAGGUGUGUGUUCAUGCCGAUGUGGGGCAGUCGGUCCGGAAAAUUUAUGCUUCCCAGGAUUUAACAUAAUUUGCUCUAAUUGCUGUUUGCUGUUCAGCAUCUACUUAGUGAUAAUCAAAUAGAUUCUUCAUGGUCGGUACCGCAGGCGAGUUUGGCGUGCAGAGGCCUCGGUGUAGAUCCUCGGUCUAAAAGAGAGAUGGGUUAUGAAGUUUUGGCAGGUGUUCGAGUCUCCUCUUCUUCAGCGCUCCUUCAGACUGAGUUAUCUGCCAAAUUCCUCUCUGGGAACCUGCUUUGAAUUUUAUCUGCGGAGGAAAACAUGAUUACGUUUUCAGGCUGGUCUUGUUGCCUUUUUUGACCUUAAAUCGAUCUUCUGACUAAGAGAAAACCUGCAGCUUUUUUGAGAAGCAAAGCAGCUCCAACUUUAAAAACUGAUGUAGUGAAAUUAUCUGUCUUAUCCCAGAAGCAACCUCACAUCAAGAGAGGCUAAAAACUGCAGUUCCUUGAGCGGCCACUUGAGGCCGACUCCAGAAGAGAGUUAAUCCUCUUAAUGCCAAACUUUACUGUUUUGUAAAAGUGAGUGACAUGCCUAAUAAUAUUAAUUUCUAACUUUUUUCCAACUAGUCUCCAAAACAAAGAUUGCCAAAGGGUCAAAGGUCAAGACCGGAUCUCACUUUCUGUCCAGAGGCGAGCAUGAUGAAGUGAAAAGUUGAGGUUGACCAGAACAGGACAAACAGUUCCCUCAUUUUGAAACUGUCAAUCAUGCGGGACAGGGCUGGUGAUUGGCUGAACACAAAAAGAAGGGCGGGUUUUCGUGAUCUAUGAUUUGGAUAGCUGUUCAGUCUUAGCUAUUGAAGCAGUAAGGUCUCUGUUUGGGGUUCAACCACAGCUAAUGCUGCGUUCGAGUUACCUCGGGAGUCAGAUGUCGGAGCUGAAAAUGACAUCACACGGAAAAAAGCAAAAUCGGAGGCCUGAAACAAGAUUGGUACAUCUAUGAAAGUUAUUUUAGCACUUGCCUUAUAUUCGGACAAGGCAAGCGCUAAAAUAACUAGCGUAGAUGUAGCAAUCUUGUUUCCACCUCCGACUUUGCUAUUUUCUGACUUGGUAACUGAAACGUUUGGAACUCGAGUGUGAUGUCAUUUUCAGCUCGGACUUCUGACUCGAACGCAGCAUUAGACCCACAACCAGACAGGAUACAGACUAUGAGCUAGAGCUGGGCGAUAAACCGAGAAAUUUACCGAUGCCGAAAUUAAUGACAAUAACCGACGUCAUUUUGCCCAUAUCGUUAUAUUCGACAUCAAAAAAAUAAAUAUAUAAAAGUUGGUUUUGGAUGCGUGUAGGUAGGCUAUGGUCUCAUGUCCCUUUAAGACGCUGUCCUACAUCAGAGACAGGUGAGGAGAUGGAGGUCAAAAGUUGUAGCGGUUGAAGUAGACGAAGUUAAUGUGGGAGGGGGUGAGCAGCUUGUGGAGUAGUUAUCGUCCAUUUAUCGUUAUCGAGGUGAACUGAUCAAUAUAUCGUGAUAUUGAUUUGAGGCCAUAUCGCCCAGCCCUACUGUGACCAUUAAAGUUAUCAGGGUUUUCUUUAGUUCUCGAUCUCUGCAGAGUCCACACACACUGACUGAGCAUCACCUCCAGAUGUGGAUCAUUUUCACUCAGCUUCAAAAAUGAUAAAUAAAAAGCUCAGCUGCCAACACCACGACAAGAACCCCGCUCUGCUGGAAACAUGAUGCUAAUCCAGUAAAAAAAACAGCUGAUGGUUUUAGUGACGGGCACAGGCGGCCAAAUCUCCUCUCACCUCUUCAUUCGCCUCGUCCCUAAAUGGUCACUUACAGCUCCAGAAACAUUUAAGAAACAGCAAACAUCUCCAACAGGAGGGAGCUGACAAACCAAUUGGUGAGGAUGACAAAGAAUCUGGACUCCCUCUCUCUUCGGUUCUCCUAAUCCCCCUCCAGAGAGCGAGGGACUACUUUUCGCCAGCGUUGCACUUUCCUACAGUUUCCUGACGCGCUCAGACCGGGAUUUUUCCCCCUCCUCUCAUCAGCUUCAGCUUUCAUGUCAUGCUGAACCCUGGUGCUUGUUACCCGGUCCCUGAGAGAUGAAGGCUCGCGGUAAUGCUCAUUGAUUCUGAGACAGAACUUGCACUGACACACAAACACAGGUAAAGCCCUUAAGAUCCCCACUGAUCUCCACAGGGGGAGAGCUCCCCAGUUUGUUUUUCAUUAUGGAGGUAAUGCCUGCCUGUUUGAUCUUUUGUUUCCUCCGUCAGAUCACACGUAUCAAAGUGGAUGCUGUCUUUCCCUUUUUCCCACGUUACUGAAUUGAAAUCUUGCUGUAGGUCUUUUGAAGCACUGGUUCCUCCCUCCCGUGGAGCUCGGGAUCUGUGAGGGAUAGAAACAACUGUUGAAGGCUUUCUGCAAGAAUUACCGGCUGGACUGGACUGUAGAGGGAUUUCUCCCUUCUGUUCAUGUGUAUUAAUGCCUCCCUCUGCUUCGUAGGAGAACCUUCACAUGCCUCAUUAUAUGCUGGAUUGCCCGGGUAGGAUGUUUGGUUAGUUAUAGCUGUCAAAAGUUUGGAGAUAUAUCAUAACAGGUGGUUGGCCUUCAAGAUGAAACUCCUCUGGAUGCAACAUGUCUUUUUUUUUGUAACUCUGGGAAAUAUGCUGAGGAAAGCUGCAGGAGGAAAUGAGAUUCUAUCAGUGCUCGACAUCAACAAAACUCUGCCACAUUUUGAGGCUUAUUGUUCCAAACAUCCCCAAGCUUGUGCUUUUUGACAUCUAAUCACUGUUGACCCAGGAAUACCCUUGAUGUUUGUGUUUGUUCUGCAUAAUUCAUGGUUCAAAUUCUGUGCAAAGCCUGUCAUGAAUCACGCACCCGGAGAAGGAUUGUCUCAGACUUGCGCUAUAGAAAACGGUUAAUCCUCGGUGGAUGGAUAUGUAAAUAUGACCGAGUGCCGCUCUGCGGUGUUGGAACGCUUCUGAUUGCUGCGGAUAAACCGAUGUGCGGCUUGUUUGUUGUGGGUGAUGGCUCGGCAAAGAGGGAGAGGGACGAAAAGCAGGGUAACCACAAUUAUAAAGACCUGUCUAUCAAGAAAACAUAUAAUCUCCUUAGUCAACAUACUCAACAUGAAUGUAUUCCCUAUUAUUCCUCCGUGUGAAGCAGCAGAACAUGCACAUCCAAACCGCAGCGUUUUAAUCAUCACAUCCUGUGUAGUUUCAGCGCUCUGUGUUUCCCUGACGCUGAAUUAAGACAAGAUUUUGCAUUUCAUAAAAGACACUUUUAACAUUAGACUACUGCUAAACGAGUGCAUGAUGUCACUGUCUUAAAUUACUCUCCUCUGACAGGGAUGUGUUUUCUGCAGAGAUGAGACCCAGACUGAGAAAACUUUAAUGCAGUGAAAGUGAAAAUUUUGGUAACACUUUACUUGACGCCCGUCUCUAUAACGCAAUAAAAAAUAUGUAUAAUGCAUUAUAAUCAUGUUAUACCACUGUAUCAGUAUAGUUAUAAACACUCAUAAAUGAUCAUAAUGCUUUAUAAAAAUAAUCAUAACACAUUAUAAAGCAUUUUAUCGUGACUUACAAGUCUUAUGAUAAUUAAUAAGUGUUUAUAAUGAUAGUUAUACAAGUUUAUAAGUAAAUUAUAACAUAUCAUAAAUAUAUGUAUAAUGAAUUAUCUAUGUGGGCAUUGUCAGUAAGUUGUUAACAGUUAUAACACAUUAUAAUACCUGACCUUGUAAGUCAUGAUAAAAUGCUUUAUAAUGUGUUAUGAUUAUGGCUAUAAAGCAUUAUGAUCAUUUAUGAGUGUUUAUAACUAUACUGAUACAGUGCUAUUACAUGAUUAUAACACAUUAUACAUAUAUUUAUAAUGGGUUAUAGAGAUAAGCGUCAAGUAAAGUGUUACCAAAAUUUCUGUUAAGCACAACAACCUGGAAAAAAUGCACAAGAGUCAAAAUAACUCAGAUUAAAUAGUAAUUAAUAAAAUACACAAUGCAACCUUCAUACUCAUCUUCCAUUUAUGAUUGUGAAAUAUCACUGAUAAAGUCUGCACCCCUCAAACAUGCUUGCAAACAGCAUUUAUACUCUCUGCUGCUGAGUCUGUUUAGUGCUCUGAUUGUACAGAGAUUUCUCAUGAUCAAUAUAAACCUGCUGCUCAUUUCUGUGAAUACUAUUUUAUACAAAAUCUGAAUAUUUAGCAUCAUAUUCAGGAUCUUGUAUGCACCCUAAGAGACCUUAGCUCUCCCUCCAUCUCCUCUUGUGCAGCCAGUAGUCAUGUGAUUGUGAACACUGUGAUUAAACUUUGUCCUGAAAUUAAAAUCCUUCUAUAUCUAAAAAUACAAACACUUCUUCACCGUAUAACACCUGUGAAAGUAACUGAACGUUUAUAUUCAUACUCCCUCAUCUCCUCCGCCUUCCUCAAUCAGACUAAAGUUAGUAUAUGUGUUUACUUUAAUGAUAAAGCACGGCGUGUCAGGAGUACGAUGUUCGCUUUUUUCCUCUAACAUCUGUAGCCGUGAAAGGAAAAAAGGUAAGCCGUGGUGUCGAGCUGUUGUACCGUAAAAAUAAAUGUUGCAGGGUCUAUUUUCUGAUUAUUCGGAGUGAAUGAAACGCGGCUGAAAAGCGGGUGAGUCACCGAGCGUUUUGGCUGUUGACAUCAGAAAGCUGCCAUUCAUUUGCACUUCUCACUGAAAGCCAGCAGUGAAUAAGCUUAUGGAGUGAAUGAGCGCAACACAUUUUGACAUGGAAACACACUCACAAACGUGAAGGCUUUGUGAAGAUGUGUGUAGAAAAAAAAAGAGCUGUAAUACUAAUACGAUUCGAAGUUUUCAGGAUGCGCUCCGACUCGGGGCUCCCGUUAAGAUUUGUAAGGAAGAGAUCCCACAGGCCCAGAUAUAAUUCGGCAGCUUUGUGCAGGUCUUUGUAGUGAUUCAGGUCUUCAAACGCUGAGCUCUGAGGAGAGAUGUGCCCACAGGAGCACAGCUGAGUAUGACAUAGCAGCCAAACAGGGCCUGCAGAAAAUUAAUUUAUAACUAAAGUCUCAGAAACAGCCCAAGGAGAGAUUCAGAUUCAGUCAGCGUACCUCUGCUGCAUUAUGGGGAAUUAUUUACCUAAUCCCAGAAAGUAUUAAGAAGAAGUGUUCCUCUAUUAAAACGUUGGCUGGUAAUUUUUGUACAGUGGCCCUUAAGGUCAAAUGUACAAAGACUGCAUAACCAGGAAAAAUAUUAACAGAACGGCAGAAAAAUCCCACAAAAUACAAAAAAAAUGUUCUGACACACAUAAAGAUUUCACUUAAACACCAAUAUAUUCUCUCAGAAGUAAAAGCAUUUCAUAAACUGCAAAAUAUUUUCAAAAAUUUAAGAAUUUUACGUAAUUUAUGGAACUCAAAAAUAUUUCCAAAAACGCAAAACAUAGAAAACAAAAAUGUUUCAUGCAACAAAAACAUUUAGAAAAAUACAAAAAAAGAAAAAAAAUAUUUUAAAAAACUCUAAAAGUGCUGGUAAAAUUUGCAAAAAAAAAAAAAGAAUUCAUGAACACUAACAAAGAAAAAAGUAAACUAAAACAUUUUUUUAAAUAAUAAAAAAGUUUUAAAUGCAGAGAGAAAAUCUUUAAAAAAUUGGAAAUUCUCCAAUAAUCUUGACACUUUUAUAAACUUUAUACUCAAAAAAAUUCACUAAUGUGAACCUUUUUUUCAUAGAAUUUGAAUAUUUUACUCUCAAAAUUGCCAUGAAAUAGAUGUUUAAAAAAAAAAAAAAAGUUAAAAUAUUCCCAAAAGCAGAAAAAGUUGUUUGUAGAUUUAGCAGAAUGGUUUUGUUCCAUUAAAAAAAAAAACUGUUGUGUUUUUUUAAGCUGUUUUUCAUUUUGAGUAUUUUUUAAUGAAAUAAUUUCUUUAUUUAAUUGAUUUUGUGUUCAUGUAAAUAUUGGGGGGGUUGUGAAAUAUUUGAGUUUUGUGACUUUUUUGUUUUUGUUAAGAGUUUAAUGCAGUUGACCUUUAGAGCCACCGUACUUUGAGAUGUAAGUUUAACACUGAAAAGUCAGAGCUUAAAAAUGACUUAGGUGCGUUUGUGUCCGAUCCUGAUCUGGAUGUCUUGCUGCUGAUUAUUUCGUUGGUCUUAAACUGUUAAAUAAAGAGCUGUCACUCACUCCUCAGAAUAAACAGCAGCCUUUAUCCCUCCCCUGAGGAGAACACUUUCUGGACCUCUCCAGACUUGGAAAAGGGAACUUGAGGGAAAAUAAUGCGAUACAACUCAUUUUCUAUUUAUGAAGCACCGCUCUGUUAAAGCGGACUAAUCCUCCCACAGGGCUGGAACUUGGGUUUCAAUGAUUGUCAGUCAUAUUCCAAUCAGAGCGCUCAGUCUUUUUAUUCUGAUUUUUGAAGUUCUUGUUCGUUAUCCUGUGCUCCUAACCUGUCUGCGGUCUUACAGCAGGUUUCAUCUUCAUAGUCGGCCUUGUUAAACCAAACACACAGAGCAUAGUCAGAGAGCAGCAGAGCUUUGCAGGCCCAUAAGCCAUGGCUUGAUCCCUGACAUGUACAGACAGGGACUCCCAGCCAUCUGGCCAGAUGAGGCACUUGGAUAGGCUCGCUCGCUCUCUCUCCCUCUCUUUUUCUGUCUCUGUCUCUCUACGAUCGUGACUCGCUCUCACACUCACAGACACAAUUUACGGUAGUUCUGAGGCUUUCUGUCAUCUAUCUCAAGGGAUGCCAGAGAGCUCUGCUGGUCACAGAUAGUGACCUAGCCCUCGGCUUCUUAGCUCUCCUCAAAGUCGUGCAUUUUGAUUCAAAACUCAAGGCCGCGGUUUGUGCCUGCAGGUUUCAUUAUGGACAGAAGGUCAGACAGCAGAGAAGGAGAGAUGGAGAAUAAAAGGAUGACUGAGAGAGGAGUUGGUGAGAAUAAACUGGCCGAGAUUAUUCAAAGAUAGAAAACUUCAAGUUAAAGAGGCUUUUUAACAUAAAGUUAAGAAUUAUUUUAUAAGACAUGCACUAGUGCCUUUUGGGUGUUUUCUGCUCCUGAUCAAGAAGAACAAGCAUGCAGAAAACUGGACACUGAGUCUGACAGGUUGCUGCAAUUCCACAUUAAGUUGUCUGAGGGUAUUAAUUACCCCCAAUUUUUACCGCAUCCGUAAUGGCUACGAAAAGGCCGUAUCCGACGAAAGUAAGCGUUGAAGUUAAUGUUUCAAUUUCCACCGGCUUCUUUCCGUUCCGCUGCAGAUCACAAGAGUUCUAUUUUUUCGGGAUGCCGAAGGCUUCUUUUCACAAUAAAACACUCCAUGUUUCAGGAGGAUGGUAUAUCACACCAUGCAAACGGGCGAAGACGAACAAGUGAAAGGUUUUUAGACGUCAUUUCACCCCGAUGACACCAUGGAUGAGGAGAUGCUGAUUCUAGAAGUCUAGAAGUAGAUUUCCACCUCUAGAAGGACACAAUCUACUGCUUAUAUGGUUAGCUUAUGUGGCUAAAAACAACUUGCUAUCUUGCGAUUGCGUGUGAAUCGGGUUCUUGUGAGUUCUCGCGAUUCCUGCUGUCUGUAAUCCUCCACGAAAUUCGUCUCACAAACGGUUCCAGUAGGAAUUGGUAGGAAUUACAGCCAUUACAGAAUAUAGCCAUUCCUGGUCAGAACUGUUCCUGAUGCAGUGGAAGUGCCGGGUUAAUUACUUGCAUGUGCAUCCCUAGCAAUAAAGCAUUUAUUACCUCAUUAAAAAUACAUCAUCCAUACCUGAUCCUCAGACAGAAUAAGGAUUUAUCAGCUGUCAUGUUUCUCAUCUGCGAACCUCGUCAAACAUACAACCUCUCAUAACGGGUACAAAUGUAUAGUGUAUGAAGCGUGCUGAAACUUGAAUGAAUCAUAUCUUUAAUGCAGAUCAUUAAUAAAAACUACAUGACCCCCCUCCCCCACUCUUAUAAAAGAUCAAAUAACAGAUAUCUGCACCCCCACACUCCCACACACCGAGAGCUUGAAGCGUCAGUGAGCCGAUCGCUGAUAGUCUAACUCAGUCUUCAUAUUAAUUCCAACUCUCGCCAACCUCAUGAGUAUCUAAUAACUUUGAAAUUGAGGCACUGACUCGCGCCCUCAUCCAUCUUCCUCGAGUCACGUCUUUUUUCCCAGCAUUCUUAUGUUAAUAUCGCCCAUACCGCUUCCCACACAGGCAGAUAACUUGCCUUUUCCCUCCCGGCGAUGCCUCACCCUGUGUGUUGAAAAUAGCUGAGGCAAGAACACAACUUGUGUAACAUUGAUUUGAAAUUCAAUCUAGACAGCUACCUUGGGGCCCUGAGCCAAUUCUUAGAUCCCUCUCUCCGAUACCAGCGCUGGAGGAAGUGAGAAAAACAGCAUGCAUGGAGGGAAAUAAAGAGAAAUAAACAGACAGGCAGGUAUGUGCGCAAAUAUAAACAUAUAUAUAUAUACAGGGUUUGUUGCGUGUUAUGUCAAGUAUGCACACAUGCAGCCUUGACAGUCUUUGCUUGUGAGACGAGAGUCCUCUGAAACAAAUCACCAGGCUGGAGAGGUUUUAUCUCACAAUCCGUUAUCCCGGCCUCCAUCCUUCCACCUGUCUGUCACCUUGAGAGAUGUGCGAGCGCUCGACAAGGUGCCACUUACACACAAGUGUUCUGAAUGAAUCGCACUUAUCACUUGCUUUUCUCCAAAACCCUCAUUCUCGUACGGCUCCCAGCAGACUAUCCCCCCUCGCAGAUGAGUCACUCGGUGGUGCAACUCCUUUAAAAACACGUCAAGAAGGCCGAGUAAUGAUAUAUUAUUCGGUAAAGUCGGCUUUGUUAGGUGCAAAUUUCUUGUCUUUUUCUCGGCUGUAAUUAAAUUUGGUUUAGAGAAAGAGAAAAACAAUAGAUGAUUAGUGGGAAAAACAGGAGGGAGAGACGUUUUAAAAAUGGAAAGACUAAGACCGGACACGAAUGAGUGGAAAAAAAGAGGAAAACAAGAGGAGAGAGGCGUCAGGAUGAUGGAUAACUGGUGUCAAGUGGGGUCAGGCUGGAGAAAGAGAAUUUAAUUUGGCUGUGCAGUAACCAAAAAGGACUGGUUAAUGAAAAUACAUGCAUGUGGGGUUACAACACUUUCUGCACUUUGUUUAGUAUGACUCAGAAAGUUAAUUUUAAGUUUGUCCUGCUAUUUUAUCUCCACAAAGACAGAGGGAGGUUUUUACCGUUUGCAGGACAAAACAGCGAAAUCGUAGCGAAAACAAACCGCAAGUACAUUUUACAGGGAAAAUCUCGGUCAGUUUCCUUUAGGCUAAUAAUCAUCGGAGGGCUGUGCCGCACUUGGCCACUGAAUGUUUGCACCAAAAUAGUCUCAUGCCGAGCUCAAACCUAAAUCUGCUGUCUGCACAUCGGAGCUAUACAGGGAAGCAGGCUUACACAAAAUGCGCCCUCGCUACAGUUUGCACUGGCCUGUAGAGGUUCAAAAUGCACACAUCUUCGCUGUAUUUUGGCCUCACAGGCUGCAGUAGCGGCACAUCAUCCGUCAGCGGCGUUAGCUCGUCGUCUCUGCUGCCCUCUUUCUGUCAUUCACACGCGUGGGUGUGUGUGACAAAAGAGUAGUGUGUCUGCAGAGUCUGGGCCACAGCUGUUGAUGUGUUCGCCCUCCUCCCCCUACCCUCGAAUAUAACCCUCCACUUGGCUGGUCUUAGCUCAUGAAAGAGCAUUAAAACUGCCAAGUCAGCACAGACAGAAUCCACAGAGGCGAGCGGCUCAGCUCCAUCACUCCACGCACACACACGACAAGAUUCUGCUGAACUACAGUGUGUUUGCUGUGGUCUAAUCACACUCCACUUCAGAUAAAGGGCCCUUUACUAUCAAGGGCACUCAAUCACAUGAAGAGUGUGUGUGUAAAAACAACUGUAAGAGGACAUAGAUUUGCUUUUUUUCAUGACAGUGUGUCCAUAUUUAUGUGUGUGUGUUUUUGUACGACAACAAACCUGCCGCCGCCUGCAUCCAAAAACCGAAGACGCUUGAUCCCUGACAGGAAAUUGCAUUUUCAACCCCGUCGUCUGUAAUGCCUGUCAGUCAGUUUUAUGUUACACUUUUUUUUUAUGUAUAGUGAAAUAUUGAAGGGGAGGGAGGGUCGUGGCGGAACGGCUCGGGAAGAACGACGUUGUCAUAGCAACUGACUUGAAAACAGAUUCUCUGUGCGAUUCUCAGGAGAGAGACAACCUUCAACUUUUGACUCCCUAUUUUGCUGAUAUUCUAUGCAGAGUAUCUUAUUAGAGUAAAAGCCGUUAUUAUGCAUAAAUCAUGACAAAAACAUGGAGAAAGGCCUCUUAGUAUCCACCUCUUUUCUUCUUUUUCGUGCUGCUCAGCCUUUUCAGAAGAGCUGGUUUUCUGUUUUUGAUUAGGUGCCUUAAUAACAGCAUAUUUGUCUGAUAACAAGGUGCACCACGAGUGCAGCGAGAGCUCCAGUUUGUGCGAGUCACCUUUCUUUUCAUCUACACGGUGUCUCUUUUUUCUGCUGCACAGCACCCUGAAAUAAAAGCACCGCUACUCCUUUUCUUGCUCCGGGUAAAAAAAAAGAAGGGAUCACAAAAGAAGCAAUUGAUUUCAGGGGUAAAUGGCUGCUUUCCUGACACACCAAUGAACAAGGGGACAGGUUAUUUUCUGUUGUUCGGUUUGGCGUUUCAAGUAAAUUGGGGGAGAGGGAGGCAGGAAAACUAAACAAUGCUCCACCUUGAAGUCCAAUCCUCUCUGAAGGGAGAGUGAAACAAGGUGCAGCAAGUGGCAGCAUGCAGGAAUAAAUGUGUUUGCAAGCAGAGCAGUUGCAGGUGUGCAUGCAUGAGUGUGAGGAGGGGAGAGCAGGAGUGGAAGGAUGAUAUCCUAAUGCCAGACAGACAGACAGACAGACAGAAAGAGAGAGAGAGAGGAGAGAGACAGGCAGACACAAAGAGGCUUCUUGCAGUUCCUGACUCAGAUCCACGGCUCUGCUGGCAGGGAUUCACAUCUUGGAAGUCUGUGUGUGUCUCUGCGCAUGUAUGUCUGUGCGCGUGUGUUUGUGUGUGUGUUUGCUGAGAGGAAACUGCAGGAUGUGAGCAAGAAUCUCAUCCAGCUUCCCUUCAGCAGCCUUGUCCACACAGGCUUUGGUCUCGUGCGUCAGCCGCUGUCCCAGAAAGGGAUGCAGACGCUGAGAUGAGUUUCACCCUGCAGGAGACGGGGGGAAAAAAAGCUGAUGAAAGCUGAAGAGAUUUGCAUAGACAGAAGCAGAAACGUCUGAAAUCCAACGCUGGCACAUUCAAAAACAGAUUCAGAGAAAAAAAACUGAAGGCUGUUAGAAAUAUUAUUUUGAACUGACUCACUCGUGUCCUCAUCAGGGUAUUGUCUUCAACGUCUUCCCAAAAAUCAGGGGACAAACAAACACUGCAGGUCAAAUCCUAGUUUUCAGCCCCUGUAUUUCAAGAGAGAUGUUUCUCUUAAGGGUGUUCAUGAAUUAAGAUAUUAAAAGGCUUUUAUUUGUCUUCAUCUUUGCUCUUAUUCUGCCUAAUUUUAGAUUUUAUCUAAUUGUUUCUCAGCAAAGACAUCUCAUUAAAAACAGCUAAAGGGUCUCCAUUAAACCAUCGCCCUGCUGAUGUUUCCCUCUCUUCUCUUCCAGGCAGACCCGGGAGCAGGAAACCCCUCCAGACUUCUUCUACUUCUCUGACUUUGAGAGGCACAACGCUGAGAUUGCGGCUUUUCACUUGGACAGGUGAGUUUUACUGAACAAACCAAAAUAACGCUGCUGUGCUGCGACUCACCCUGUUCUCUUAACAGUGCUGGAAAGACAGGGUCACACAGACUCACUCUCACAAACAGAGAACCUUUCACCCUGCCUGUUUUAAACCAUAGGUGUAUCGUAACGCACUUAAGCUGAGGGAAUAUAAAUGGGAUUUCAUACAUGAGGAUUAGAUAACACACAGAGCGCUCGGAUCACCUCUUCUUGCUCCUGACUAUAAUGAUUCCCUCGUGAUCCUUUUACGCUGCAGAUUUUAGCAGACAAGGUCAGAAAACUCAGCAGAGAGGAGUCAAAUCAGACAGUUUGGGAGCUCAUUGUCAAAAACUGCCUCCAUGGGCACCAUCAUACUUGGCCGGUGCAGCUGAGGUAUGCACUGAAGUGGCAUAGCUGAUGGCGCAGAGGGGAAUUGUACACCGUUAUUGAAACCUAAAGGAUUUGAGCUUUUACAGGUAGGAUUAGGCCAGGUUUUAUUAUGCCCAGCAAUUUAUGCAACUUUUUCAUGCUCUCAAACUCUACUGCACAUCAAUCCGAGCUUGUAAUGUUGACGUUAGGAAAAGCUGUUUGAUCCAAUCUUGAUCACAGUCUUCCCACUAACUAAAGGUUAGGUCAGUAGGGAUGGGAAUCGAGAACCGGAAGUACGGCAUGGAAGGUACCUAUAUUAGGGUGACCAUACGUCCUCUUUUACCCGGACAUGUCCUCUUUUGGGGGAGUUUAUAAAAUCCUUCAAAUGUCCGGAAUGUGUAUGCAUCCAUUAUAAAAAAGUGCAGUGCAUCAGUGCUCUCUGCAGCUCUGCCCCUCUGCUCACUUCUACGCUAAGUCACUGACGCCUCGCACGCAUGCGCUGUCUUCGAGGAUUCAAAAUAUGCGUUUAACUGAGAAAGAAGCGCAUAAAAAACACUUAACCCGACCCAAAACCCUCAAAAUUUCGCACACAAGUCCACCCAUAGAAAUGUCCUCUUUUUAGGGAUUCAGAGUAUGGUCACCAUAUCGUAUGUACUGUGUUAACAUAAGCACAACGCACCAGAAAUGCUGUCUGGAGGUGGCAUACAUCUUUUUCUGUUAUCAGAGCGUCAAUGAAUUUUUGAGUUAUCUGUGAAAACCUAGUCCACUUUAGUUUUUUAAAGUUUUCAGUUAACAUAAAGCGGAUGGAGUUUAUAACCUAUACUCUGCAGCCAGCCAGUAGGGGACGCGUUGAAACUUUUCGCUUCACAGCUAAGUCUUGUUGCUUCCAUGUCAAUAUACAGUCUACAGUAAAUCCUGUUUAUACACCUAAUCUUAAACCUCCUAAAUGAUCUGCAGACCCAUCAGAUGUUUAAAAUGUAAGAUUUCAAUCUGUUUCAUUAUAUUAUUACUAUCCAAGCUGGAGUGUCACAGCUAAUGAGAGAAACAAAGAAAUAAAUAAAUGGUGCUGCUAAAGUGUUUCUUCCAGGAAACACACACCCUCAGGCUUAUGUCAGGUAGCAUGUGACUAACUGCUGGCAGGAUACUAACAGGUACAAUCUCACCUCGAGUUCUUCAUGGAGAUAUCACCUUCUCCUCAAACGUUCUCUCUCCAGUUUUGUCUUUUCUGCUUUUUAAAAAAAAAUUUGUUUCUGCCAGAGAAGAUUGUAUUCAGGCUCUGUUUGGUUUGCAUCUGCCUCUGUGAGAUCACAUUAGAUCAUGUAACAAGGUCAUGCCCCUCUGACACACAAGAUAAUCCGAACAUUAUCCUGCAGCGAUCAAGGAGCGGCUAUUCUGAACUGUUCUAGUGAGUGCACGUUUGAGAUAAGAGAGAUUAUCUAUGAAGUGUCUUCUUCUGAAUUGAUGCGAAGGAUGUCUAAGCUGGGCCGCUAAGGUCAGUUUGGUUAUUCUCAGAAACACACUCUAGGUUUCAGUUCAUUAACCUCAGAUGCACAUGUUUGUGUGUGCAGGAAGACAGAGCCAAACAGGAAAUCACAGGCACGUCAUCACCAUUGGGACAUGUCAUUAGAGCGGGGAAUUAUCGUCCAGAUGCUGAGAACAGCAGCCUCUGGAUAGCAGUCAGGUUUUUAUUGACUCAGAGAAAGAGGAUGUUAUGAACUAAAACAUUAUUAAAUUCGAUUUUAAGUCGGGAUAAUUAAGAUGAAUUGCACAAAAACAUCUUCAGGGUCAAAAAAAGGAAAGAUACUAAGCAGUAAAGACAAGAAAAAAAUCAUUUUAGAAAAUUUUGGUUGAAUUUGGUCAUAUUUUUCCAUCAACCAAGUCUUAGAUUUAGUCUCACUCUCAGUCAAAACUGUUUUAGAGAUAGAUAUUUCUCCUGGUUGUAAAUAUUUUAGUGUGAAUCAAAAUUACAUUAAUGUUUUUCGCAUCUUAAUUGAAAUGCGUUUUAACUUCAACUUCCUCCUUCUCGAAAACCGUCCUGAAAAGUAGAGCAAAUCAACACAAUUUCCGUCUUCACUAAAUGGACUUUAAUAUAAACUGGAGUUAAAUUUGGAAAUGUUGAUGUUUGGUGAGUCUAAAGCGAUAAUAAAUCACAGUAAACGCGAACCGAAAGGUAACUCUGCUCUGAUGUUAACCGUUGAUGUAGCAUAGUAUGCUAACAGGUGUUGUGCGGAGUUUGGCUGCCGUGUUAAAGAGUGCCACAGUGGCGAAGAUCAAAAGAGACACGACCCAAGUCACCCAAUAACAAACUCUGAGUAAUGUGAACAUUAAAUUUAGAGUGUUAUUGAAUAUUCAUAUCAUCCAAUCAUUAACAGUCUCUAUUUUUUUACCUUGGCAUACAGGAAAAUUACAGAGUGUCCAUUAAAAUCCGUAGCGUUUUUUGCCACCCUUCUCCACGGGGGCGCCGUUUUAACUAGGUAGCUUGGCUCUAUUGAUGUAGCAUAGUAUGCUAACAGAUGUUGUGCGGAGUUUGGCUGCCGUGCUAAAGAGUGCUACAAUAGCGAAUAUUGAAAAAGACACGACACUAUAACAUACUCUGAGUAAUGUGAACAUUAGUUGAGUUUCAUAUCAUCCAAUCAUUACAUGUCUCUAUUUUUUAACCUGGCAUACAGAAAUAACAGCUUUAUUAGGCUUCCUAUAAGAUAGCUAACAGUUAGCAAGUUUUGUCUUCUUCCCACAGACUACAAACAGACUUCUUACCAACAAGUAGGCUACAAUUAAGAAAAAUCAACCAAUAACGAUGAAAAAGUUUAAUGGAUACAGUAACAUUUGUACAGGUGCAUUUGUAGCAGGUAAAUGAUUGGUAUAGAAAAAAGAAAACAGUGAUAUUUUAUUGGUUUUGCUACAAUUUUCAUUUUCAGUACAUCAAUAUAUCCUUGUUAUUGUCACAGUGUUUCUCAGAAAUCUCAGGAGGUGUUUUAAUUUCAGCCCUCUGCUAAUGCACUAUUAUUACCGUCUCAUGUGAGUCACGAAUAUGCAUUUGCAGGGGAACACAGACAGACUCACACAGGUCAUUCGGCACAUGUGAACGCACACACACAGGUGCUCCUUUGUCACCACAGCCAGACAUGACGUUGCACUUUGCUGAUCCUGAAUACUGUCCUCUGUAGGCUCGAGUUUCAACAAACUCCGUGUGUCUGCUCCCAGGAGGCUUAGCUCUAGUCUCCACGUUCCAGGUCACCUGGAUUGCAAACAUACAGAGAGGCAGGAGAAAGAGAAGGUCAAUAGGUACAGUAUAGUGUUCAGAUGUACUGUAGAUGCAGGAAGAACGGGAACAAAAGCGAAGUAAACAUCAGCUGAAUAUAGACAGUGGGUUGGAGAAGAUCGAGUUUGAGUCUCUUUUGUGUUUGUGUUUAGAUGGUGCAUGUCGAUAAUUGCUUCUUUUGAUGAUGAUCACAAAAGAUGUUCAGAAGCAAUGUAAAGAUGAUACAAUACAAAGAAACUACCUAGCUGCGUCAAAACUAGGGCUGCAAACUCAAUUCCUUCUUUGUGAUCGAUCUCCGGACAUGUUAACUAUCGAUUACUCCUUUAAAAAAAAAAAUCUAAUUAUUCCUGACAAAUGUGUUUUUUUCCACAGCAACAUGAUGGAUAACUGAAAUAUUAACCAAAGGGAAUCAGAUCAUAUAUCAUUCAGAACUUAACGAAGUGUGCUGAGAAAAUCAUUCCAGGUGCUGCAGAGUUCAUCCAAACAUCUCAUGAAAGUUAAACAGUAGUGUUUGCUAACUGACAGCGUCUGCACAGGUGUAAGGAAAUCUGAAAAACUUAAAAAGCACAGAGUGAGAGUGGCAGACAGAAGAGGCAGAACCUUGUAACUGUCCUGGUUCGCUCGAGACGCUUCUGAUGGACAUUUGCACCCGAAGGUGCACCACAGGCUGUUUCUCAGCUGCAUUUGUUUGAAUAAUAAUCAUUGAUUGAUAAUGUCGUACUGUCCUUCUCCAACUUUAGGACUGUCACUGUAAGUCUGCAGAACUUCAGAAAAGAAGUUUGGAUUCUUUGUGGGAAUGAAACUUUCUAACCACACUGCCGUCUCUCACACUUUUGUCUUUAUCUUUCUGCUUCCAUAGGAUUCUCGACUUCCGUCGGGUGCCCCCGGUGGCGGGACGACUUGUCAACAUGACGAGGGAGAUCAGAGACAUGACGCGCGAUAAGAAGCUGUGGAGGACCUUCUUUAUCUCACCGGGUAGGAGCUCUGCCAGCCUCUGCAGCUUGGCACACUGAUACAGUCUCUUGGCUGCUUCACUCAUCCUGUUUGGAGCGAGAACAAAACAAACUGCAUAUCACUGGCUUCAGCUUAAAGUAAACUCAGUGAGGUGUGAGGUGGGUUAUGCGCCAGCAGAUGGGAAUAGUCUGAGUUUGUGUGUUGGGGAAAUUUACUGUAGCGUGUGUGAUGAGAUUAAGAAAGCCAUUAGAGAUAGCAACCACUAGGUGACACUGUAGAUCAGCUAAUGCUCCAAAACUCUGCCAAUACACCGGUGAGAGUCGUUAAAGUCAAAGCAACACCAGAACUCUCUCAUUGGUUUGUGAUUAUGAUUUGACAAUGACCACAAAAAUCAAAACUGUGGAUUAAAGUGCAAAGUUUGUGACGGUGCAUUAUGCUUAAGAGGCCACAUUUAAGUAGUUUUCAUGUCGUACUAAAGUAGAUUACAGCAACUAAAACAUUAAACUGAUAAAGAAGGUAUGAUUUAGAGUCAUUUCUAAUGUUUAAUGUUUGCUUUGUCAGUAUUAUAUAACUUUCUAAAGCCUUCGUCGCCUUCAUUUUAUAUUGUCUAAGACCUCCACAUCUCCAUGUUUCCACAUUUUGUUUUAAACAAUCCUGAAAAACAAAUAUUUAAUCCUCCUCUCUGUCUUUUUUCCACAGCCAAUAAUGUCUGCUUCUACGGCGAGUGCUCGUACUACUGCUCCACUGAGCACGCUGUGUGCGGUAAACCCGACCAGAUCGAAGGCUCUCUCGCAGCCUUCCUCCCAGACCUCAACCUGGCGAAACGCAAGACCUGGAGGAACCCGUGGAGACGCUCCUACCACAAACGCAAGAAAGCAGAGUGAGUCAACGACACUCCUCUACCAUGAAUCUGAGGCCUCGCCAUGACUCUUCAAUUAUACUCGAAUAUCUUCUGUUUCUAUCCUCAGAUGGGAGGUUGAUCAAGAUUACUGCGACGAGGUUAAGCAGACUCCUCCUUACGACCGAGGCACAAGACUGCUGGACGUCAUGGAUAUGACUAUCUUUGACUUCAUGAUGGGUAAGAGAGGAUUAAGGAGCUCAUAAAUGCCUCUUUUUUUACGAGCCAAUUAGUAAACUACAGUCCUCAAUUUUUAUGACUCUCCUGGUACAGGUAACAUGGAUCGACACCAUUAUGAAACGUUUGAGAAGUUUGGAAAUGACACUUUCCCCAUUCACAUGGACAACGGAAGAGGGUAAAUGAAGAUUUGAGAAUUCUUACACAGACUCAAGCUUCAUGUAAAGUGGAUUUAGUUCAAUUUUCUUCUCUUUGCAGGUUUGGAAAACACUCCCACGAUGAGCUGUCCAUCCUGGUGCCUCUCAGCCAGUGCUGCAGGUUAGACCGCUUAUUCUGUCAGUUAAGGUCUCUGUCAGACACAAGUCAGGAUUUACUUCUUACAACACAAAAAUAAAAAACACAAGGUUAUACAUCUUGUCAUCCUCACCACAGGAAGAAAUAUGUGGCAGUGUAGUUUAGGGCUGCAGCUAUCGAUUAUUUUAGUAAUCGAGUACUCUAUCGAUUAAUCUGUCGAUUAAUCGAGUAAUCGGAUAAGAAAUGUUUUGCUUUCACUGUAAUACUUUGCAUUGAAUCACGUUUGCCUCAGAGCGGACUUAAUGCAUGGACCGGGUGUUUUCUUUUAAGGUGCUGCAGCAUUGACGACGUGCUGUUGUGAAACGCCAACUCCGCCUUACAGUGAACGCACUGCACAGCGUUUUCUUUCCUUUUCAGUGUGUAAUGGUCCCACACUUUAGACACUUUCUGCCGUUUCCUCUGCGUGUCAUCUCUUUCUUCCUCUCUCUGUCUGUCCUCGUUUCCCUCCAUGAUUGAACCAAACGCGCCAUAGACAUAAUAAAAGAUAGACCCCGCAUCGGCCGCUACCACGAAUGGGCGCUGUCGAGAAAUGCGGCCGCCAUCUUGGUCCGGUCAUCCGCCUCACUCUGCACCGCUGUUUAACCGGCGGAAUGAAGUCUGAGCGCAUUAAUGAAUCAUAGUUCGCUCAAUACUACGUAAUUUUCUUCCCUGCAAACGCCAUUCAAAGAGGCAUGAUAGAGGCCAUAUUUUUUUUUGGCGCUUUCAAAUACUCAGAAUGAAUAAAAUGAUAUUUUAGAACAUGGCAGCAGUGGCUGUAUUAUAGUAUAACAAUUAAUCAAGGAUAUAUUUAGGUUUAGAGCUAGGUUCCUGCUAUGUCUCAAUAAUUAUUAAUAACUGGCGGUAUUAAUAGGCCAAUUCAAUAUAUAUUGAUUUGAUUAUGAUUUUUUAUAUAGUUUAAUUUUAUUUAUCCAUUUGUAGACACACACAAAUAAUGUCAUAUAGAAGCACUAUUUUAAUAACUGGAAAAUACACACAAUACAUAUCAAAAAGAUUUAAACACAAGAACAGCAUGACAGGACAGCAUCGAAACUACAUAUCAAUUUGCUUGUUGGCUACACAGCACAGAGGAAUCACUUGCUGCGAAUUUCUCCCUCUAACAGCAAUCUCCCACUUCUUCCUCAAGUUUUUGUCCUUAGGAAAUCUUCAAAAUGAAACAGGAGAUCACCACAAAGAAAUCUUUAAUAAAACAGAUAAUAAAACAGAGCUCACUUUCUUCCUUUUUCUUUCUAUUUUAUUUCUUAACGUUUCUUAGAAUCUCUCUCAAACAAAAGUUUUUCAAUCUAAUGCAAAUCUGUUGAUAAUCGACCAAAGUUGCUAUUAUUGUGAAUAAGCUAGCUGUUCGCAAAUGCUGUUUCCUUUUUGGAGUUGACCGAUAGUCUUCCUCUUUGGCCUACAAAUGACUCUACAGUCAAGUGCAAUGUUUAAAAAACGUUUAAUCAUAACUGUGAAAAGUUAUUUCUUGAGCCCUGUUCUCUGCUGUCCGCCUGUUGGCACAGGAAUACGCCGCACAGUGCUCCGGCAUCGCUGAAUGAAUGAAUAUGAUUGACCGGAGCGUAUGGGAAGCUUGACCUGACCAAGAUGGCGGCCGCAUUUCUCGCUGCGCAGCACCCCCAGCGGGGUCUACCCUUUUAUUAUGUCUAUGAAACGCGCGGCAGCGGAAGGAGCGGAAAGAGCACGCUGCUGCGCAACAGAAAUAACCGUCCGUGUCAAACACCGUGCGCUGCACAUGGUUCCGGAUUUAAACGAUUCCUCGAGGCAUAUAAUUUGCCUCGAGGAAUUUUAUUAAUCGAGUUACUCGAGUUACUCGAGUAAUCGUUUCAGCCCUAGUGUAGUUUCAAUCGAAGUAACUCAAUCAUCCUCUGCUCUUUGUUUCCAGAGUGAGAAAAUCCACCCACCUGCGCCUCCAGCUGUUGGCCAAAGAGGAGUACAAGCUGAGCUCGCUUAUGGAGGAGUCUCUGCUGCGGGACAAACUCUCUCCCAUCCUCAUCCAGCCUCACCUCCAGGCCUUGGACCGCAGGCUCCGGCUGGUCCUGCAGGUCCUGGCGGGCUGCAUAGAGAAGGAAGGCUACGUCAAUGUGGUGGAGGAAGAUCUAGUCGGGGACACAGUUACCCGCAGGAGCCCGGGCCUCAGGUAGUGAGGGGCGAGACUCGAGGCAGCCGCUAAUAUGAGAAAAAUGGACAACGCCUGUGGCUGUUAGACCAACGGGAAACGGAGUCCCAUGUCUGCUAUCAAGCUGAAUUCAGUGAAUUCCAAGACUUGCCUUUACUGCCCCUGUGGAACCUGCGUAUACUUGUGUUUGUGAAGAAGAAACUGUCCACAGACACCAGGAGAGACUGCGCUACACAGAGGCUUUGUUAGAAACAGAUGUAUCUUGUUUUUUCACAUGUUGUGUGAGACAUAAAGGAGCCAAUCCUGUUUGUUUGAACACAGUGGGUACCAGUUUGUUUGUGUGUUUUAUCAUAGUAGAAUAUAACCAAAUGAGAUCUUACACUGACUGGGCAGCAUAUGGUCAGACAAUAAGCUUUAUUAUCAGUCAUCACAAUGUACGGAAGGGUUGAAAAGCUGGGUGGAUGUUUUAUUUUUGUCACUCUUGUUCAGUUUUCAGUUUCCACAAUCAGCAGAAAUAAUCUACCACCAGGAGAAAUCUAAAACAGUGUCUUCUGUUUGUCUUAUAAGCUUUUUCGUUUCAGCGCAGACUUUGAACAGACCGACAGAAAAUGUUCUUCAGACAGCACCUCCACAUUGCCUUAUUCUUCUUUUGAAUUUCCAAUCUCUCCUACGAACCGAGCUCGCAGUAAAACACGAUGCUAAAAUCGAACUCACCGAACCAAAAAUACUUCAACAUGCGAAGGCUGCAAACCAGCGUGCUGCACUACCAUUCUCACAUACAGAUCUGCAACUCUUCCGGCUGACUAUUUAUACCACAAAAAAAUCACAGUUUGUAUAUUGAUUCAGUUUCUUUCUAGAUGUCUAUUUAUUGGGAGUGAGUGUUUUAAUAGAUUCUGGGUUCUUGGUUUUGCUUCAUUUCUUGGGGAAUAUUUACUUUGGGUACUUUGGCAUCCAGAUACUAUUUAAACUGACAUUCCUCUGGGUACUAUUUUAACGUUCAGAUGAUAGAAAAACAACAAUUACGCUGGACAUCAAGUUUAUGAACUGGUGCCAUGCAGUUUUUUUCCUCCUUAGAGUCCUGCACACUGGCUAACCCGGUACCUGUGCAAUGGCAGAAAUACAGUACUUGAAUGUUUUUGGGUUUGCAGUGUGGACAGGAUUCAUAUAGCUACAGAGAGGCUGGUUUCACAUGUGACAAGUGCUUUGAGGGGGGUGACAACCUCCGGCACUGUUUUCACAAUCUCAGUGUAAAUACUUAUAAAUAUGUCGGAGGUCUAACAAGCUUCACUGCACAGUGAUUUGCUUCUGUUUUCUGCUUCUUGCAUUGUUACUGUGAAGAUCUGUUUACUAAAUGAUUAAAGUGUGCAAUAAAACAAAAGUGAGCACAAUCUCAA